CAUGUGCUAGGGAACAGCACUGAGGCAGUGAAGCAUCCAAGCUACUAAUGUUAGGAUUGGAGGUCAGAAGCUGCUCUAUGGGGAGAAAGGGAAGCCUUUUAAUGGACUAAGCCAGGAGUGUGCCUUCCUUUCCCUCCUCACCCACUCCCCAUUCUUUCUUUUUUUCCUGCAAAGGGUAUUGCUUUCGAUGACAAUACCAGACCCUAAGAGGCCGACAGUCUGGAUACAGCAUGACAGGGCAGACUGCAGGUAAUGCUUCCCCCAACCUCAUUUUCCCCUUUGCUGCUGUUACACUGGGAACAGGGUUGGCCUGUGGACCUUCCGUUUGCAAUUGACACCUGAGCCACGCAUUCUUCUGCUUUUGCAAUCAAGGAGCUUCUCCUUCUCCGCUGCAGGAGAAAGAGGAUCCCAGAAAAUGUAUGCUUUGUUUUUCGUUUUAUAGUGGUGCGUAAACCUUGCUUUGGUGGAGGGGUCUUGUUCCUUGUCUUCAAAGCAUCUUGCAUCUCCCUGCCCCCUUCCUCUCUGAUUUGUAAAUGUGUGUGUGUUUUUUUUUAAUAACAGCAGUGUCAGAAAAUCUGGAGACUGACAUCUUAUAGCAGUUUAACUCUUGAGGGGAUGGAGGGUAAAUGGGAAGGGGGGCUUGCGAUUGCAAAUGCAGAAAUCUGUUCUUGCCGCUGACUGAAGUGUCAACACGGAUGUCAGCGGCAGGAGCUGCCUUGAUGGGCUUCCCAUCGAAAGGGAACAAUACAGGCUAUGGUUGUUAUUCAGAUGCACGAGAAAGACGUGGCCUUAUUGUAGUACCGUCUGUGUGUGUGUGUGUGUGUGUGUGUGUGUGUUUUCCUGGCCAAUGCAUUCAAGCCAUUUCUGUAUUUUCUUUUGUUUUGAAAGGGGGCUUUGGGGGCUAAUACAAUGUAAGGAUGUUCUCCAUAAGGCAUUAGUCUGUGAUCUUGAAAUGCUGGUGUUUCUUUUGCUAGGCUUCCUCCCUUUGUCCCAGACCUGUAUGUAUGGCUAUGUUAUCCAAGUAAGGAACUGUCACCAUGCACUAUCCUACUCCCUACUGCUCUCUUUGCUCCUUCUGUUUCAUGUCAAGGUUUUAGGAUCUGUUUGUAUUUGGGCACCAGAAUGGAAGACGAUGAGUGCAUCUUUGUUAAGCAGCAAUAAGAAGAUGAUGGUGAAAAUGAUUUUAAAAAGCAGAGGUGCAAAAAUGGGAUUGUCUCUAGUAUUGUUAAGCAUGUGUGACUCAGUGGGCCUCAGCAGCUGAAUGCUGAUCUUGUUAUCCAUUUAAAAUGGCCCCUAUCUCCCCUCUCUCUACUAAAAAAAAAAAAAAUGGUUCAUGGUCAAGAGGUUUAUUUUCAGUGUCUCUAACUGGGAUGGGACUCUUUGGGCACUGGCAUUUUGUCUUCAUGUAUGGUUUUCAACACCUUUCAUGUGCCUGGGGAUGCCUCUUCCUUUUGUCAAGAUGUGUAUCACUUCUUUUUUUAAUACCGAGGAAAUAAUUUUGGGGUUUGGUAUGUUUUACACUGCAUUUCUUGUUGAUCAUAAUUUUUGGGGUUUGGAGCUUGUCAAAAUUCUGCACCCCUAGGCAGGGCUGCCAAGGUCGAGUGAGGUUUCAGUUCAGCAGGUCAAAGACCAGACAUAGAUCUGAUUGUUUGAAUCUUUCACUGGGGCGGGGAAGUGGGGGGAUGCGGGGAUGGUGUCAACAUGGCUGGCUGUUACAGUGGUGGCAGCAGGGGGGCAGGCAGAGGGAGAAAGUCUGAGGGGUGGGUGAAGCAGCUAUCUGCUGUAGGGGAAGAUAAUGGAAAAUGCUGGGCCCUGGUGGGGAAUGAAAUCAAGUGGUCCCCCAUGACUCCUCCUUGAUUCAUAAAUUAACAUUCUACAGUUUAUUUCUAGAUUUUCCAGAGGCACAGCUGGUGGGAGAGGGGAGGGGAGGGCUGGGAGAAAGGAGAGGGAUCAUGGGUGGCAGAUUGAUGCUAAGGAGGAAGAUGGGUUUGCUAUGCCAGUGAGGAAGAUGGGCAGGGGGAGGCAGGAGAGCUGCCUGAGUGGGAAAUGGGAAGCUUGAGGGGAAACAGGAAAGAAGUCAGUUGGUGAUGUUCAUAGAGAAAGGAACAAGGUGGAAGGGUGGUGUGCAGUGAGAGGUUGAGUGAAAUAGCGGUAUAAGAAAGCAUCCUGGUGGGUCAGGCCAAAGGGGCCCCAUCUUGCUCAGUAUCCUGUUCCUACAAUGACCAAUCAGAUGACUAUGUGAAGCCUAUAAGCAGGGCCCAAGCACAACAGUUCUUUCUCCACUUGUGAUUCCCAGGCACUAGUAUGAAGGGACAGCAUAACCAUCAUGGCUAGUAGCCACUGACAGCUGUCUCCUUCAUGAAUUUCCCAAUCCUCCUUUAAGGCCGUCCAUGCUGGCGGCCACUAUUACAUUUACCAUAGUUUAACCAUGUAGUGCGAUGAGACACUGAAAGAAAAACAAAGGAAAGGGCAGUGUGUUGGAUCCUGGGGAAGGUUGAUCUGUGUAUACAUAAGGUUCUGAAGGAGCUCCGCAGAAGUGGAGAGGACCGCAGUACACCUUCUACAGCUACGGAUCUCAGCAUGUACGUUGCAAGGUGUGAAUCGUUGAUUGUCAGGUCUGGUUCUAGUUCUAGCUUGGUUACAAGGUAGGCUGUCCGUUCUAAGAGCACACCAACUUUGCAGAGGCUGGCAAUUUUAUUUAUUAAAUUUCUGUUCUGCCCUUCAUUGUAAGAUCACAGGGUGGUUUACAACAUAAAAACACAAAAAUGCAUGUCGUAAUAACAAACAAAAAUAAUGACCCCGACACACACUGCUAUUAUUGUUUACGAAAGGAUAUGAAAGGCAAGAACUAUGUAAUUGCAAGAACUCUGCAAUUCAGAUUGUCUACUUCGGCCAUUGCAGCCGACAAAUGCCCAAUAACGAGGAUGGACAGUUCCUCUAAGUUUGGGUGGACAGUUCCCUUUGCAUAGUUGCAGCAAUAAUGGUGGGGUAUCAUCAGACAAAAGAGAGUGCCUGUUUCAGGUGACUGACAAAUUCUGUUGCACCUUCUUUGGGUGAAUUUCUUCAUAAUGGAGGCUACAGGGAAACCUUUUCUCUUGGUAUUAAGCCAUCCCAGCUCUGCAUUAAUUACUAACUUUAGAAUCAAGCUGCAUCAGAAAGACGGCAUGUCCAUUAUUUCAAUGGGUCUCUAAGUAGGAAUAGUAUUGGACACAACCCAGAGUUGCCACAUCACUUGCAACUUAAAGUAGAACAGCAGUAAUUGAGUGCUGCUAUUUAUCCAUGUCUGAAGUUACAAUUUGCUGUUGGGUUUUUGGUUUUCAGUGGUAGUGGUAUUUUAUAUAUAUUCUAAAGGGACCACCUGCUUCUCCAUGAACCUGCCGAUCCACACCAUAUAUUCAAAGCAUAUUUAUUCCAUUUUAACAGUCAUGGUGUCCCCCAAGAAUCCUGGGAUCUCCAGCUUCCUCCUCACGGAGCCACAGUUCCUAUAAGUCUUUGGGUAAAACCAUGUGCUUUACAAAUUCUUGCUAUGUGGUCCCAAUCCAGCUGAAGAAAGGCAGGUGGUGGCCAGAGACAGGGCAGUUUCUGGUUUGACCUCGCAUCUCUGGAGUUCUUUUCUUCAUGGUCUGGUGAAGUUUCUGUUUUGCCAGGGCUUUUAAAUGUUGCUUUUGUUUUUAUGCUAUGUAUUUUUUGCUGCUAGAGAUUCUUAAAGAUAUCAUUCAUUCCAUAAUUAAGUGAACUUAAUUGAUUUGCGCUUCCUGGGCUACUGCUUAAGUCCAGAACUUAAAUAUGCAUAUUAGUCUACAGUUCUAUGAACGUUUGCUCUUCACACAUUAAUUACUUACCUUUUUAUGAGGUGGUCUGAGGUGGCUAUUUUGCUUUCAAAAAAACAUACACAAAAAAACCCCAAAAAAAGUAUAUCAGUCAAAACUACAUACCAGAAUCUACUCUGUUAGGAGAAAUUUGCACUGAAAUGAUGCUGAAUUUUCAUGAGGUCUUAAAGAAAAACACUCCACUAACUGAUAUAGAAAUGCAAAGAACUGAACAAGGGCCACAUUCACACCAUCCAUUAAAAAAGCUAUAAUACUACAAAGAAUCCUGGGAACUAUAGUUUUUGUUAAGAGUGCUGAGAGUUGUUAAGAAACCUCUUUUCCACCCCCAGAGCUACAAUUUCCAGAGUUCCCCAUGAAGAAGGAUUAAUUGUGAAAUCAGUCUGAGAAGGAAACCACUGGGAAGAAAACAGGGGUCUUCUAACAACUCUCAGCACCCUUAGCAAAUUACAGCUUCCAGCAUUCUUUGGGAGGAAGCCAUGAGUAUUUAAAGUGGCAUCAUAGUGCUUUAAGAGUGUGAAUGUGGCCAACACUGGAAGAAUGAGAAACAGGGAAACUGAGGCUGGGUACACAAUCCCAUUUACUCUGGCACCAAUGCACUCCCACAACUGGUGUUUGAAGCCCAAAAUGCAUAGCAUUAGUCACAAUUCUCGGAAGCCAACUCUUAGAUGCUGAGAUCCCUUUGCUCCUCCCCCAAUAAAAUAUUUGAGGGGGACAAGCCCUCAAAUGAUGUCGAUGUGCCCUGUCAUGUGAUUGAUUAUGCAGGGCGGGGCUUACCUGCCCCCUCCCAUACUCCCUGUCACAAUCCAUCUGUAUUCUGUAGCUUCUUGAGAAAUACUGCUGUUUCAUUUGCUUUCCCUCAAACCAGCUUCCAUCCAGUUUGAAAAUGUAAUCUCUCAUUAAGCUGAGGUUUGUAUAUGCACAGGUGAUGGCUUCACUGAAUAACAGCUGUGUGAGGACUGCAGGCACGGGAAACAAAUCAGGUGAAUAAUGUGUCCGGCAACAUAAAGUGUGACUUGAAACAUAGCAGGAGGUAACAACCACCUUAAUGUGUUCAUGCCCUGAAAGAGACAUGUUUGCCCAUCCUUACUGCUUAGCCAUUUACCUGCCUGGUUCUGUUUACUGUAUCCAGUCCCCCUGGGUCUGAGGCUUUGGCUCAGAGCCUUGUCUGCGACUGACUUUACUUCUGUUGCUCCAACCUCCUUUGCUACUUCCAACAGAAACAGAUUCCAAUGCUCACCCUCAGUCUAUCGGGGCAAGUGAUGAGGGGAUGGAGAUUUUCCCAGCGCUUUAUUUCUGUGAAGAAAAUUUUCCUUUCCUAAGUUCAUUACUUGCAAUGAAUAUAAAAUGCACCGUUAUUUAGGUUGUCAACCUGCAUUUUUUCUGUCAACAGUUUUCAGUGCCUCUGUUCCCUCCCGCCCUUAAAUGUAAUUACAGUCAUACCUUGGUUCUCAAACGUAAUCCGUUUCAGAAGUCCGUUCAACUUCCAAAAUGUUCUGAAACCAAGGCGCGGCUUCUGAUUGGCUGCAGGAAGCUUCUGCAGCCAAUCGGAAGCCGUGGAAGUCGCGUUGGACGUUUGGCUUCCAAAAAUAGUUUGCAAACUGGAACACUCACUUUGCGGUGUUCGGGAGCCAAAACGUUUGAGAACUAAGCUGUUUGAAAACCAAGGCAUGACUAUAAUGUUAAGUGACGUACAUAGCAUUGCCAUUACAUAUUUUGCAAUAACGUUUUCUACACAAUGCAACAUUUUAACCACAUUAAAUGUACUUUAAUUUUUUCUAUCAAAUAUUUCUGGUGAAAUACGGCGAAAAUUAACACAGGCUGCUUUUUCUUAAAGCUUUGUUUAGUACAGUCUCUCCCAACCAGGUGCUCUCCAGAUACUUUGGACUACAACUCCCACUAGCUGGCUGGGUCUGAUGAGAGUUGUAGUCCAACAUGUGGGCUUUGGCAAAUAUAGGUUUAUUGGGGUGCUAUUGUUUUUAAUAAAUAAGAUAAAUAUGCUAAAAUAGAUCACUCUAGGGAUCAGAACAUUUUCUGAUGCAAAUCACCCAGUGCAAUUUUUUCUGAUAGGAAGGUUUUUCUAGGAGUUUUUCCAAAUACUUCUUUCUUGAUCCUGCUGAGGCUCUCAUCAUCUUCUAUUUCCCUGCUUGGCUGCAGCAGAGGAAUCCUGGGAGCUCUUUGUGAAGGCUAGGCAUCUCAAGCAAGUGAAGUAUUAUAGUCAAAUGGGAUUCAGUGUGCACAGCAUUGCUUGUCCUGGUUGGCUGUAGAGAAAAUCCAGGGACAAUCUUAGAAGAGGAAUUUUGUGUCACCUCCUUGAUCCUUCUAACUGAAGAUGGCCAAGACUGAACUGGGAAUGGAAGCAUAUGCAAUACCACUGAGCCAAGGACCCUCUCCCACACCUGGGCUGGGAGAACUUUGGAUUUCAGCAGUGCAGGUGGCGCUGUAGUCUAAACCACUGAGCCUAGGGCUUGCCGAUUGGAAGGUCGGCAGUUCGAAUCUCCGUAACGGGGUGAGCUCCUGUUGUUCAGUCCCAGCUCCUGCCCACCUAGAAGUUUGAAAGUACAAAGUGCAAGUAGAUAAAUAGGUACCACUCUGGCGGGAAGGUAAACGGCGUUUCCGUGCGCUGCUCUGGUUCGCCAAAAGCGGCUUAGUUAUGCUGGCCACAUGACCCGGAAGCUGUCUGUGGACAAAACGCCAGCUCCCUCGGCCAGUAAAGCAAGAUGAGCGCCGCAACCCCAGAGUCGUCUGCGGCGGGACUUAACGGUCAGGGGUCCCUUUACCUUUACCUUUAUCCUUAAAAAGUCCAUAACCAUCAUAGGCUUUCCCUGGUGCCUGUGCCUGGAGGGAUAUAUUACCCCUUGAGGGCUUUCAUGACAUCAACAGAACCUAACAAUAUUUUUCAUGCAUAAUUCAACUGACCACCCAUGCCCAAGAGGUUUAGGGGCUAGCAAAUGAGGCUGCCUUAUACCAUCUAGCCUAGUGUUGUCUAUAAUGGCUGGCAGCAGUUCACCAGGUUCUGAAGCAGAGGUCUUCUGCAUUGCCUGCUAUCAGUUUUUUAACUGGCGAUGGCAGAGAUCCUCUGCAUGCAAAACACAUGAUCUACCAAUGAUCCAUGGGUGUAGCCAGGGGGGCAGGAGGCAUCUGCCCCCCAAUCAAGUAAAUAAAUAAAAAUACUUAACUAAUAGUAGAAGUAAUCAGAAUAUAUGAAAUUGAAAUGCUUGCUGAGGUCACCUGGAUAACGUUGUGUCACAUUCUAGCAAUGCAACUGGCAACCCAACAGCAAUACCUUACCUCAAGGCUCUGCUCAUCUCUCUUGCUCAGCCAUGUGCCACUUGUGCCAUAGAGCAGUCAUUCAGUAGUACCUUGUGGAGAGUAAAGACUUGGCUGAGGCCGGUGAUAACAGGGGAGUCUCUCAAUGGCCUAUUCUUACUGAGUGUGCACAGAAAAACUGCAUUGAGGGAAAAAGGAAGAAUUUGAGAUGGACGUGCUAAAAAGAUUUCCAGCAAAUCCACAAACACUUUAUUUAAUCUAGAUUUAUUUUUUAAAAAGAAAGAUGAAAAAGGCAUGUUCCUUGUAGUUUUGCAAAAUAUACUUAUUAACUGCAUGAAAGGUGCUCCUUAGUGUUAACUUUUUCAUUUAACUUCCUAGUUUUCAAAUGACUGAAGAUUUUGACAGAUUUUUCUGAGUACUUGGGAGCAAAAGAGAGUAAUUUAAAACAGCAGUUGUUGAGACGCUUCAUUCAGAAUCUGCUAGACAGAGCCAGACAGCGGAUGAUGACAGGUGGGUGUCCUGCCCCCCCCCCCAAACAUAAAUCCUGGUUACGCCCAUGCACUGAGCUGUGCCUCUUCCCUUGGAGAUGCUACUCUCUUGUUCUACUUGCAUGAGAGUCAGCUGUCUGGCAUGUGUGGUGCCUCAAAGCUCCCUCAUUGUGACCAUUGAAGUACAGGGGAGACGUGAACAGAUUGGACUUCCUUGGCUGCAGCUUUUCCUAGUCACAAAUACCUUUGUUGUGUCUGGGUUCUGACAUUGAUGCUGCCCCCAGCCCAGAUCCUGCACUGUUGUUUUCUCUCUCUCUCUCCCCAUUUCUAUUUCCCGCUGUGCUCUGCAGUGAUCUUCCUUAUUUGCCAUCUGUUUUCUUGCUGCAGCAAAAGGCACCCCCUGAUGUGUAUACUCACUGGUCAGGCUUCCAGGAAUUUCAUAGAAAUGAAACACUGGGGUUCUAUUCUGGGUGUCAUAUUAUGUUUGCAUGUCUGACACUUGAUCUCUGAAGCCUACGCAGCUACUGAAUUUUGGUGUACCUUUGGCGUUCAUAAAUGUUGUGAGAAGGUGGGGAAAGUAGAAUCGGGUCAGCUUUAAAAAGGGAUCAGGUGCCUUCUGCCAACUAUUAAAGCAGAGUCUAUUCACAUCUGUAGUCUCAGUUCACAUCUUGCAUGGUCCCCUGUCACAGACACACAUGCAGCUGGCAAGGGUGUCGGUUGUGUUUCCGCACUUUUAAUGGGAACAUCAGAAACAGUGAGAACAAAUCUGAUACCACUCUCCCCCUUUCUUGUCUUUGAGUGCAUGUGUGAAAAUGGCUAAUGCAUUUAUUGUUAUUAUUUAUUGCAUUUAUACCCACCUUUUUCCUCCAUGGAGCUCAAGCUGGUGUACAUGGUUCUCUCCUCUUCCUCAUUUAACCACAACCCUGUGAAGUAGGUUGCCCUGAGAGAUGGUGACUGGCCCAAGGUCACCCAGUGAGCUUUGUUCAUGGUUGAGUGGGGAUUCGAACCCUGGUUUCCUGGAUCCUAGUCUGUCACUCUAGCCAGUAGAAUGAAGUUGAGGGAUGGAAACCUGAAGGUCUCACUUGUGUUAUUACUACUGCUUUUGUCUGAGCCUGCCCUCUACUUCUUCCACUCCUUUUUGUGCCUGUCUUCCUUAUCCAACUUCUUCUACUCAAUGCGUAAACAUGGGAAAUGCACAGAAUUGCAGGUGGCAAGGAAAUUAUGCAGGGCAUAGAAUCACAAGUACAGGUGUUAGAAUCAGCUCUGUUGUUGUUGUCUUUUAAAAAAUGAAUAGCCUGGGCAGCUUGGGUUUAUAAACAGUGCAUGAUUCAUACAUCUUUUGACCAAAACAUCCAAUUACCAUGACUUGUUGAGAGAGGAGGUUUUCCCUCUUCCAUUUCUUCCCAUGCCUCUGGUUGAUUCUCCCCUGCAUGCCAGCCUUUCUGAAUUCUAGAUUAAGUAGAUGAGUUUCAAGAAUUAAUUAUGGAAAUGAAGUUUGCACCAUUUGCUGCAGCUUUCACUUCCUUCUGUUCAUUCACAUCUCCUCACCAUCACAUUAAUGAUGUCCACAUAUGCAUUUAUGAAACUAUGGGCUGGUUUGCAUUAAGCCAAACCAUAGUUUAAUGGGAAGGAGCAAGUGUGCAGAUAUCCAGAGUGAAUAUUGUGGCUACUCUGCUCGCCCUUGGGUCCUGCUUCUCUCAUGCUACCAGUGGUUUGGCUAACGCAACACGAGAAUUCAAGCUCAUAUUUUGUCUCCCCCAAACAAACCCAAAGCAGCAAACCAAUAUUAAAUCUUGGUUAUUGCAACUCAUGGUUUAUUCGGAGCAAGAUAUAUCAGGAAAUAGGGUUUUGAUUAAGUCAAAUAAAUAAGACAAAUUAUGGCUUAGUUCUGGACAGCAUGGCAGUAUCAGAUUCAGGGAGGAGUGAUUUGUAUGUACUCCGGUUUAUUCUCCCUAAGCCAUAGUUUGGCUUAGUAUUCAACGUAAACUGGGCUAGUGGAAAAAAGCAAUCACAAAGUAAUCACACAUUUCAUGCAGUGUUUCAUUGGUGCACAUAUGCACUGCUGCACAUGUGACAAAACACAUGAAAGAAUCUUGGUCCAACCACAUGUACAACAUCGUACUUGGGGUUUGUGUGUGUGUGUGUGUGUGUGUGUGCGUGCGCUUUGCCAAUGCAUCUGUGUGCAUUGGUGAUGGAGAGGUGGUAAAUGUCAUGACUGAAUGGAAAGCUGUGUCAAACUGUGCAUGCAGAGUGUUUUGUACAAAAUUUGGAUUUAUUUUUAUUUUUAAAGGAACAAUGAACAAUUCUGGAUAUGUCAAUCUCAGUUUAGAAACAGGACUGGGUAAUUUGGAAGUCUAGUCUCCAGGGAGGCCUUCAAGUGAGAAUUUUGGAAACAUUACUGAUGGCUGCCUUUUCUACCCCAAUUGUAAUUUGUACAAUUGUCAGAACUGGAUGGCUGUUCUGUUCUGUGCUAGAUCGGUGGAUAUUUCUGAGCUACAAAGGUAUCUCAAUUUGCCCCCAAACAAGGUGGGGGACAAGGAUUGGGGGGAAGGCAUGUGACACGCCCACCACUAGUUUUGCAGAUCUGUUUGGAAUUUCCCACAGCUACCCUUAAGUGAAAACAAAGACAUCAGUGCCAAUCCCAAAUAUCCUGUGUAACAUAUAGUUUGGCCUUUAUUUAUACAGUUAUCAGAUCAGUUUAGAUUUAUUUCUUGCAACCACUGGUUGUUACAAUACGAAGCAAGGAAGAUGAGCAUUUAAUAACAAAUGAGAUGAGAAAUAACAUUAACUUAAUUAAGCAUAAAUCAAUAAAAAAACAAUUAAAAGACUGGCAGUCAACCCAGCAAAUGAAAUAAUAAUAAGUCCAGCCUAACUGUACCAGCUUCCUGUUUUGUUUUUAUUAACCAUGACAAAUCAAAUAAAAAUGAUGGAAACAGCCAGGAUUCUCCACUUGUCUUUUAUAUUUGUCUUAAUAAAUAUAUAAAAACAAGCUUGUGCCUAAGCUAGUGCCAUUAGGAAGGCAACAACUCUUCUCUUUAGCUUGAUAUCCUUUUCAUUUUAUCUUUUCACACACAGAUAGGGCUGGCCCUACCAUUAGGCACAGUAGAAGAGAUGCUUUAUAUGGAAUAUUUUUAUGGGUGGGGAGUGGACAGAGCAGGGUCCUAAAUGGCUUCCGCAGGACUCCCUAAGCUGAUCUGCUGCCCCCAAGUGUAGUGGAGGCUGCUCUCCCAUUGCCAACACUGAGGUAAGAUUGAGCUGCCAGUGUGUUAGCUUCUGUAUGCGGAAUGCAGAGGGACACCACCUUAUCUUUUGCCUCAGGUAGCAAAGUAUCUUGAACCCAUCCUACACACAAAGAACAUGGUACCAUUGAUGGUUUUCCUCUAAUACCUUCUGUUAACAAUUAAGCAGAUAGUGGAGAAGAUCCCAGCUUUGUCUAAUCAACAGCAGAGCUUUAUGGCGUCUGUGCUAAUCUGCCUACAAGAAGUGUAGAAGACAUUAAUGGAAACCUCACAAUAAUGAUUUCAUUAAGCAAGCAAAACUUUUUGAUUUUAAGUAAGCAGACCUGUGGACGUGGGUGUGCCCUCAUCCAAUCCCUCCCUCCCACCUGCCUGCCCCUUAUUACUUACAUCCAGUCCAGAGAGUGGCCCUGCCUGUCAGCUUCUGCCUCCUUAGCUCAGUGUGUCUCUUGUAGAUGGGGACAAAACUUAAGUUAAUUGGCUGUGCCUGUCAUUUUCUCUGACUCCACCUACUGUUGGUUUCUCUGCCUCUUGCCCUAUAAGCCGCAAUUGGCAAUAGCCAGCAGUGGCUUGGGGGAUAUCUUUAUAGAUAUUCUUAUAUCAAAUAAAGGGUCCUGUUUUAAACUUCAAAUACUGUGCCAAGGUGUGUCAUUUUGGCUCUUAGAAUUUUGUUCUGGAUACAGUGUAAGGUGAUUAGAACUUUGGAAGUCUCAGAUGUCUGGUCCCUGCAGGUAUUUGGAGCUGAAGGGAGGGCCUGUUUUCUUCCAGCAGGGAGCCAACAUGAUGCUCUUGAGAUAUUGUGGGUCUUCAUCUCCCACCAUCCUAUCCCUGACCAUUCUUGUCUGUGGAAUGCUCUCCCCAGGGAGACAAGCAAGGUGCCUUCUUUUAUAUGUCUUUAAGUGCCAACAAAGUCUUGUCUCAGACUUUUGUCCCAUAAUUUGAAGUGUGGCACUGUGCCCUCUUUUAGUGGGGUAGGAUCUGUUAGUCCUGCCUUUUACUUGCACCUGUGUUUUUAGGGGGUGUUUUUUGUUUUUGUUUACUUGGUUGUUAUUCAUUGCUUUUUAGCCUAAGUUCUUUUGGGAUGCUCAGGGCAAAAAAAUGGACUAAUCAAUGUAAUUAAUCUUUCAGAGGUUAUAAGAAACAAAGAUCAUUAUGCCCUAGAUAAAACAAAAUGACUGCCUUGGUUUCUUCCAUCUGUCUCUCUGGUCGUUUUAACUGUUAUCUAGUUUUGAAAUUGUUUUGUGGGUCUUUGGACCGCAAUAAAGUUUUGAUUUGAUGUAAUUAAUAAUAUUAGUAAUAGGCCAUGCUGGACCACCAACUGCUACCUUCUGUAGAUGUUUCUCUACCAUCUGAAGAACUAUAAAGAAGGUCCAGCAAAAAACUUUAGACCAGUCAUGGGGAACCUCCAACUCAUGGGCCUCAUUAGGCUCACCUGGCCUCCUCAUUUUACUCACAAGGCCAUUUUGGCCAAGCCCCCCUACCUUAUAACUGACAUCAUAUAUAUUGUCAGGUGUGGGGCAGGUAAAAAUGCAGCUCCCAUGGGGUUUGCUUUUGCAAUCACUAUCAUGGUUGUUGGGGCAUGCAAAGUGCCUCUGCUUGUGUGGGUUGAUUUCAAACCACGUGAGCAAAAUUAAAUAUGACACCAUUGUGCCAUCAGGUGAUUGGCAGGUAGGUGGUUGGCUGGAUCUGGCAGCCCACUCCUACCUUAGAAACUCAGAGUAACUUGAUUGGUUUACUAUAGGUCACAUGCUUGGAUAUUUAGUCUUGGGACUGGCUUGCAUGCAUAUUACAUGUUGCUUAAUGACUGUCAACAGCAAUGAUGGGUCAGUGCAUCCACUAAAUUCAGAGGCAGUACACUUGUGAUCAUCAUAUGCUAGGGCCAAGCAAUGGGAAGUGGCUGUCUCCAUUUUGCUGUGAUGUGACUACCACAAAAACAGCUACGUAGUGCCACUUCUGGGAAUAGUGUGCUGGAGUAGAUGGUCCCUUGGUUUGAUUCAGCGCAAUCAGUUAUUAUGUUGACAAUGGUCUCAGACAAAUUCUUGCGUCAGAAACAAGCUAUUUACAAGCUAAGUAAAUAAACCAACAGCAACAAUUGUGCAUGCUUACAUACACCCAGCAUAGAAGUGAUCAGAUUGUUCCCAAAUUAUACUCCUGAUAGCCCAAAGAGAAAGCCAACAGAACUAUGGGCCUCACCGAUAAUCAGCGUAACAAAUUGUGGCCACAUCUAUAAGAUUUAACCAGUAUGUUAGCCUGAGGCAUACUUAAUGCCUGUUCAUUAAAGGAUCAGAUGAGCAUGCAGGCAGCAUUCCAGUUGUUAAAAUAUUCAUGUGCCAAUAGGAGUGUCUGUUCCUAAGACAGGCAAACCUGAGCAUAAUGCAUGACAGUCAUAUGGUUCUUGACUGGUCAACAUUAAACCAAUUUUCUACCCCCUUAGUUACCUGCUUUUCUUACUAUUCACAGCAGUUCCCCUGCGAAUUACCCCAGUACUCACAGGUUGCUGUUUUUCUUCAAGUAGAACUGUUGCAUAACCGGACUGUGAGUUUGCUUGCUGUGGGCCACUGGUCCUGCCUCACUGAUAUGCCUAUGGAAGAGUCUAUCGUUGCCCUGAUAAGCUGCUUCUUACCCAGCUGUAAAAGCCAGCAUCUUAGCACACUGUAGAACAGGGGUGAGAAACCUGUGUGCCUCCUGAUGUUGUUGGAUUCUAAUUCCUGUCCACCUGUGUCAAUACCGCCAUUAGUCAGAAAUGAUGCAGCUUGUAGUUCAGCAACACCGGGAGGCAGGGGUAGUGCAAAACAGGACGUGCUGCUUUGCCCUGACGCUGCCAUCACCACCUACCUGCUCCUGCUACUGCCUGCUCUGCUGCCGCCACAUGCUCUGCUGCAUCUGCCACUGACGGAGAAGCAAUACCACCAGUAGCCCCAAUUUUGGGCAAGAUUGUGCCAAUUUGGGGCAUGAUCUUGCCCAAAAUUUGCACUGGGUGUGGUGCUGCUUCUGUGCCAAUGGUGGAGGUGGCAGGGCAGGCAGGGCACCCAUAGGCGUACCUGAUGGGGAACUUCUGCCACCUGAAGCAGCGACCUCACCCUGCCUAAUAGCUGAGCUGCCUCUGUCUGGAGAACACGAGUUCUAUUUUAUUUCAGUAAACAUGUUCCUCAACUUAGUGCCGUCCCCUUAUUUUGGACUACACCUUCCAUCAUGGCCAAUAUUCAGGAAUGAUGCAUGUUGUAGCGCAGCAGCAUUUGGAGGGCCAGAGGUUCCCCAAGAUCCUGCCCACACCCCGGCAUUCAAUGUGCACUCACUUAAAAUGGCUGCUGAGUUCUUCCCUUCCCCUCUUUGUGCACCAAACUUUCUUCUGAUUCCUGGACCAGAUAAUUCAUCUCUCCUCCACCCCAAAUUAGUUACAUAUGUACAGCACUCCCAGAUUCCACUUAGGGAAGUGGAAGUUUUCGUAUGCCGUCACUGGAGACACCAGUUUUCCAUCAGCAAUGAAAGCUAAAUGCUGCACACAGCAGUGGGAGAGCCGAUAAGCAUAGAGACACUUGUCUAAUUUACAAACUUGUAGCACCAAACAGCAAAGCGAUCAAUGUUUGAAUAAGGUCCACCAUUUAUUAAUAGAGAGAUCACAACUUGGAAUACACCGUAAACAAAAUCAAACAUUGCUGAUAAUGUGCAUAGAUUUAUUCUGUGCUGUUUCAAAGGAUUAAAAUGUGGAUGUUAACAGCAAUGUUUGAUUUUCUUAUUAAUGACUUCUGUGAUAUCUCUGUUAAUAAGUCAUUGACUGUGUUCAAUAAUUGAUUUAACCAGUAGAUGGACACCAGCAAUUUGAGAAGGUCUGGGAGCCGACACACAUUGCUUUCCCCAUGGCUACCGCACACGCACUAGUCCACUCUCAGAUAGACAUGGUGAAGUACUCUUCCAUGAAAGCUGCUCUGACUUUCAUCUUCAUUCAGAAAUAAUGUGAUCAGGCUGCCCCUCCUGACCACUAGCCCACUUCCUGAUCUGCUGUCACUCUUCCUAGUGAUCAGGUGCUCCUGAGGGCUGUUACAAGGACAUCUGUACCAGGGAUGGGGAACUUGUGACCAUCCAAACGUCGUUGGACCCCAGUGGUCAGGGAUGCUGGUUAGACCACUGCAAUGCAUUGUAUGUGGGGCAGCCUUUGAAGACCAUUCAGUAACUAGUGCUGAACACAGCAGCUGACUUGUCAACUCAGAGAAGAAGGCAUGAAUAUAUAGUAUGGGUCCCCGCCUGACUGAGCUGUCGGCUAGCUUGUCUUUGAGGCCGAUUCAAAAUGCCAGUUUUGCUCUUUAAGCAUUGUACAGCUUGGGACCCCUAUAGUUAAUGGAUUGCCUUUCCCCAUAUUAAAUUGCCUGCUCCAUAAGAUUGUCAUACAUGCCUCCUCUAAGGAAGGUUAGAGCCAGGGUCAACAAGCUUUUUCAGCUGUGGGCCAGCCCACCAUCCCUCAGACCAUGUGGUGGGCCAGACUAUUUUUUUGGGGGGGGGGAUGAACAAAUUCCUAUGCCCCACAAAUAACCCAGAGAUGCAUUUUAAAUGAAAGCACCACAUUCUACUCAGGUGAAAACAUUCUGAAUCCCGGACCGCCCGUGGGCCGGAUUGAGAGUGUGAUUGGGCGGCAUCUGGCCCCCGGGCCUUAGGUUGCCUACCCCUGGGUUAGAGAGUGGUGUCCACCAUUUAUGCUCCACAUCUAUGGAAUGCUAUGCUCCACUUGGCACCCAGUUUGUCAUUGUUUCAGUGCCGGGCAAUACAUUUUUGUUUUCCCAUGUAUUCCCAUGGGCUGCCUCAGUGACUGGGUGUUUUUACCCUGAUUAUGUUUUUAAUAUGGUUGUGUAUUUAUUUUUACUAGUAUCACUGUAUUUCCUUCUUGAAAUUGCUUUAUGACUUUCUGUUGUGGGAGGCAAUUCAUAAAUUUAAUAAACUUAACCAAGUAACUAAAUCUAAUCUAGCAACAUCUGGAGUGCUGCAAGUUCCCCAUCCCUGAUUGGCUGGGACUUGGACACCAGUGUCACCAGGAAUGGCAAGUGAUGGGCCCGAUAAAGGCUAUGAACUACUUGAUAUGAGGAAUGUCCUGGGUAUGGAUAUCUGUGAAUAUCUUUAUUUUCAAACUUGAUGCCAAAACCAGGCCAAAACCUUUGGUGCUCUGGACUCAGUAGCGAAGUGAAUUCAGCUUGCACAGUAUUCUCUGCAUGCCUUUGUGGGGUACCCUUCAGUUCCUUUUAAAAAGUACUGCCGAGAUUACAGAUGUGUCCAGACAGGGAUGAAGCCAGUGCGUGGAGCUGUUGCUGCCAGAGCAGAAGGGCAGGGGACAUAUAGGCAGGCAUGACACACAGCCACACUUUCACAUGGUCAGCCAAGCAGUCAAUCACAUACUCCGCAGGUGGGUGUGGGGCGGGCAGGUUCAUUCAGUUAGGAAAGCACACACAGCCUCCUGGUCCAGACAUUUUGCUUAGGUUUGUGCCUUCACUGGCCUUUGCUCCUCCCAAGUCUGUGCUUCCCCUCCACCAAACAGAACCUCACAAGUUCAAGUGGAUUUCCUGGGACAUUGCAUUUGUGUGCACAAAAGAUAAAUUUACCUUAUUUAAGUAUAUAUCAUAAUUGAACAACCAGUGGAUAUCCCAUAGGCAUUUUGUUGGCCAAUGCGAGAAUAGGAUUCUUGAGUAGAUGGGCCAUUGGCCUGUUCCAAAAGGCUCUUCUUAUGUUCUUAUAUUUAAGUCUGGGUGGAUAAGAACAGCUAUGGAACAGCAAGUGCUCUACUCAUUAGGCUACUCCUACCCAGAAGUUGCUUUACAAAAACUUCACUGGCUGCUAAUGCCCAAUCAGCAACAGUUGUUGGGGUCACAUUUUUUGCCACCACCACCACCAAAAGUAUUGGGUUUCUGAACUUGCUUUAAUAUGCUAGCCAGGGAGAGGCAGGUGCUGUCAUGAAGCCAUUCUGCCUGGCCAGCUGCCCUUACUAAACCUCUGUAACAUGGAAAUCUGGCUUGUCAUCUGCCAUACUGGGGGGUGUGUGUGUGUGUGUGUGUGUGUGAGAGAGAGAGAGAGAGAGAGAGAGUUUUCCGUAUUGAAAAGAAAUGAUUACAUGAUUUAAUAUUAUUUUAACAAUUUUGAUAAUGUUGGAAGGAAUGGAAGAGUCAAGAAGACGGGGUAAACAAGGGAAGAACAUAUUAUUAUUUUUAGUGGUGCAUACUGAAACUUAGUUAUAUUAGGGUAUUCGGAUUAGGGGCGAUGCCAAGGACUUCAGCUUGACAAGACCUUUGAUAUCACGUUGUGAUUUGGACAGGACCAACCUUGUUGCAGUACAGUUUGGGUUCUUGAUUUGUAUCAAUGACAGUUCUGCAAUUGAUCAAAGGUUUCACAAAUAGAUCUAUCCUAGAUCAAGGCUUUGAUGCAAGGUUACGGGUGCAAUCCUGUUUGCUAUGGAUGGAUAAAUCUGUCAGCUUUAGUUUCUUUUAAUUCUUCACAUUUUCCCAGUCCUCUAACUUCAUAACAUUUCUGGAAGUUGAAUUUUGAUUCAGUACUGGUGACUGGGUAGUAUCUUCCAUCGCAGCUGAGGCAACAGAUCAGAUUGGGGGGAUCCAGAGAGAGACCAUGUGUCAACCAAGGGCAAUGGCUCAGGUAGGGAAAGGCUAUUGUUGCCCCUGAGCAUCUGCUCCUUGAACUGAUUGUCUCACCUUACCUAUCAAUAGGGCUUUCCCUGUCCCUGCCUUGAUUCCUUAUCGAGAAGAACAUUCUGAAUUGGGGGUGGGGGAGGUCAGAGCUAGCCCACCCAUGAGGCAAUGUGAGGUGGCCACCUCAGGCAGCAAGAUCCACAGGGGCAGCAGACCCCAAUGCAGAACUUAACACACCCACCCCACCACCUGUUCCUAAUGUGUGGUGGAUCCUCUUAUCCCUUCUUCCCCGGUGGGGAGGAGGUGUCAUUUUGUGGUUUGUCUCAGGUGCCAAAAUGUCUUGGGCUGGCCCUGGGGAAAACAAAUGUACAAAUGAGUAAUGCUAGCAAGGAGGCACAGUACAUCCUUGAAGAUAUGCAGCAAAGGAGACUUGGUUACGGUGACCUGAUCAGGUGUUCAAGCUGUCUGUUGCUAUGGUAAUGAGGCUGAACUAGAGUGAGAAAGAGACAGCAAUUUUCUCAGUUUGGAACCACGUCUCUUUUCUGCUCAUACUUGAGAGCUUGGAGAGCGUUAUGUCCCAGACAUGGUAACACACCCACCAAAAAAGAAAAAGAAAAAAGAUAAUGGUGUGGAAAGAGAAUGCUGAUUUUCUAAGCAUUCAUCUCCCCACCCCCACCCUAUUAGCAUUUAUUUGCUGAGAACAAUAGAGGACUGUAUGAUGUGAAGAUAGACUGCAUUUACUCAAAUGUAAUGCACACCUUUUUUGGCCAAAUUACGUUGCGAAAAUUAGGGUGUGCAUUAGAUUUGAUGGUGCAUUUACAUUUGCCAGCAAAUACUUUUUUUGGUUCCAAGGUUUUGACAACUGAGGUGUGCAUUAGAUUUGAUGGCGCAUUAGAUUCACGUAAAUACAGUAUUUUACAGUGCAGUCUUAUGGAGGAUAGGGCUUUCAAUGCCUAAAAGCAACAAUGGCUGUGUUUCACCUCCACUGUCAGAGACAAAGGUGUUGUUGUUGGCAUCCAUCUGUCUCUGGAGACAAUGAAGGAGUACGCCUUUGGGGGGUGAGGUCAAGCUAUUGGAACGUUGCAGCACCUGCUGUGAGACUGAUGCUGGAGAGACAUGUUUUGUUGCAGCUGGGGCAGAUGAAGGCGUCCAGUUGUGCUGCUGCAGAUGCACAGGGCAUUUCUUUUGCCUGUGCUCCUCCCAGUGGUCAUUCCUCUGGUCACUGCCAUGGAUGCACAGCUCAGCUGCCCAUCUCCAGGUAAUGCAGUCUGACAAGGUUGAUGUUUACGCUGCUAGCCUUUAGGUCACAUUUGCAGACAGCAAUUCAGACAUUCAGCAUGUCUCUGAGUAUCAGUUGCUUGAAACCUCAGAUGGGGAGAGUGUUAUUGCACUCAAAACCUGCUUGAGGGCACCUGGUUGGACACUGGAGGAAAAGGAUGCAAGACUAGAUGGGCCACUGGGCUGAUCCAGCAGCCAGACUCUUCUUAUGACUGCUAAAUGGAAGCUCCAUGCUCAAAAGAAGUCUGACACUGAAUAGAGAUGGACAGAUUGGUCUGUUUCUGGUCCUGCCAAUUUCACAUGCAUUCUUAAAUUCAUUACCAUCCCAUUUCCAAAUUAAUCUGAUAUUUCAAUUUUAUUCUAAAGCUGCAUUGGUGUGGUGGUUGUUUGGGCUAAUUAAUCCAAUCUAAUUAAUGCACUAGAUCCAGACAAAAGGAGUCAGGCUUAUUCUUAUUUAAAUCAGCAUGAAAAGCCUGUAAUCACUAACUUUGAUUUCAAUGGGACCUAAACAUGAAUAGAUUGGCCUGGAUAUAACCAAAUAAAGCACUGUGUCCAGGUACCUAAAAGCAAUGGGUUGUUUUUUCUUUUUAUUAAAAAAACCCCUUAUUUAAACAUAAUUUAGCCAUCUCUUUCUGACAGAAUUCAGGAAACAACUUAGUCAAAUAACAAGUUUUAAUCACCAGAAUUAGGCAGGCAGUUCUCAGUUAUUAACAUGCAGGGUGAAGAAAGCCUCCUACAAGCAGUCAGUAUUGGACAAAUACUGUUGUAUUAUUUGCCCUGAACAAGGUCCGAUGAUGUUUAGCAAAGAAUGGUUUAUUGCAACUGAGGUUUUCACCUCAUUUCAAAAUAGAAGAGCCAUGCCAAACUUAACAGCUGUAUUGGGACACUGCAAUAAACUGUGGCUUAUGGGAGAACUUUCCCCAACAUGGUGCCCCCCAGGUAUUGCUGGACUGCGACUCCCAUCAUCCCUGACUAUUGGCCAUGCUGGCUGCGGCUGAUGGGAGCUGCAGUCUAAAUUAUCUGGAGGAACCAUGUUGGGAAAGGCUAGUUUAUCAUGAUGGGAAUGAUCCUAGCCUUCUCUUAGCUCUGCAUGUUUUACUCUCUGCUCUCCUCUUCCACCCCUGCUGCUGGAAGGAGAUCAGAAGCUUUUACUUGCCAUUUCAAUUAGAGUUUAGCGCUAUCUCCAAACCCAUGGUUUGAAGUUGGCUUGCUUCAAACAAACCAGUAUUUAAGACUGGCCACAAUUUUUCAGGUUUAGGUGGCAUAGAAAUCUGUGCUUGGUCAAAAACCCAUGUGAUAACUUUUUUUAAUAACAAUUUUUAUUAAAUUUUCUAAAUUACAUUUUAAAAUAUUCAUUUAAACAACCUUGAAUCAAUGACUUCCCUUCUUCUCCUUCCAUGGUUCAUUUUGCAUACCAUAUAUCCCUACAUAUUUCACAUGAACUAAACCAUUCAGUAAUCUUUGUUAUGUCCAUCAAAACUUAUUUACACUGUUGAAUUUAUCUUAAUGCUACCAGCGUUUUUAAAUAAACACAAUUUUCACUUAUAUAUUCAGUAAACAUUUCCCAGUCUUCUUUAAACGUGCAUUCUUCUUGUUCUCUUAUUCUGUAAGUUAAGUCUGCAAGCUCCACAUAUUCCAUCAGUUUAAGUUGCCAUUCUUCUUUGGUUGAGACCUUGCUCGUUUUCCAUUUUUGGGCUUACAAAACAUGGGCCGCGGUAGUAGCAUACAUAAAUAGUUUGGGUUUUUUGACACCUGGGAAUUUUCCUUUGAAUUAUCCCCAACAAAAAGGACUCUGGAGUUUUUUGGAAACAUACUUUCAAACAUUUUUUUCAAUUCAUUAUAUAUCAUAUCCCAAUAUUCUUUUACCCUUUUACAAGUCCACCACAUAUGAUAAAACCUCUUUACAUCUCCAGCACUUUGGAUGUGAAAACUUUCAAAUUCUUCCUUGAUUCCACAGAAAAUACAUAGUAGUUGGUCAUGAAGUCCAUACAUAUGCUGUACUCAUUCUCCAGUAACUUCUCCUGCAUUGUACUGUAUGUGAAAGCAAGAUCUCUUAGUAUAUCCUCCUUUAAAAUAAAACCAAUCUCUAUUUUACUACAUUUUUUAUUGUAUCCUUUCCCCCAAGGAGCUCAGGGUGGCAUAUGCUGUUGUCCUCCUUCUACCCCUCUUAUCCUCCCAGCAAGCUUUUGAGGUUGGUUUUAGAGACAUCUGUCCUACUUUUCUAAAAAUGAACAAAUAAACAAAAUAAGCAUUAAGCAGCUCAUAGCAAGGAAUUUCAAACGAACAGAAAUACAAAGCGAAUGAGGAACACGCAUUCUGCUUAAAAUUGCACAUUACAAAAACAAUAGGGACUAAAGCACCCACCGUCCAAAAGAACCAGGUAAGGGAUAGGCGAGCAAAGAUUCAUCUCACAGAAAGGCAAGAAUGCAUCAAAUCAAUCAGGCUCAUGGCUGUUCCAGAAGAACCAAGUAUUUAUGCCUAUUGAGCCUCCCUGAAGGGUGAGGGUGACAUUUUGUAAGAUUGGUUCCAUAGCCAAAAAUACUUUGCUGCAAGUGGAUAUCCUUUGAAUUUCACAUGGUGGAGGCAGAUGGAGAAAGGUUUCAUACAUUGAAUGAAAUGCACAAGAGGGUCAUACAAAGGAAAUGAGCCUAACUCCCCCGCCCCACCUCCUUGUACCUUCUUCUGACCUGUACAAGCUGUUCCACCAGGGCUCCAGCUGCAAAGAAUGAGAAAUGAAUGUUUCAGAAAUAAAUGGAUUUUCAACCAGAACGCUUUCAUCUGUAUUACCUUUUAAUGUUGUGUAACUAAAAGAAAUGGGAUUGUUGGUUUUCUUUUAAUUUAUUUUUAGAAAAAGUAAAGAAGGCACAGUCACAGUGGAAAAUUGAAAUUUUAGAGUCAAGAUGCCCUUAAAAAUGCAGGAACAAAUCAUAUAAUAAGAAAUGCUAUAUAUAAAGUAUGGGGAAAAAUACAAAAGAUGUUUGGAACAGAAAACCCCAAGAUGGAACUUUCCACUAGAAGCAAUCGCUGUUAAAAAACAACAACAUCAAAGAGAACUGGAUAACGUAUAACACAAUAUUAAGGUAGGAGGAGGGUCAACUAAUAUUGAGGUUAUGAGAAAAUAUAUUAUCACUUUUCUAGUUGGCUAGAUUACUUCCAGGUGAAUGAAGUGUUCAGACAGGAUAAGCAGACAGGUUUUGAAAAGGAGCCUUCAAGAUUUGAAAGAGAACUACUGAAUAGUAAAACCAAGGUAAUUGCAAAAAUGUAUAGACUUCUUUUAGACUAUGAAGUAAUGGAUGAGGAGGUUAAGGCUUCACUGAUAAAGUGGGCCCAAGAUAUGGGCCAUCCAAUUAUGUUAAAAAAUUGGGAAAACUUAUGGAAUGUAAAUUUGAAAUUUACAGCCAGCUAUAAUAUAAGAGAGAACAUGAUGAAAAUGGCUCAUAGGUGGUACCUCACUCCUUCCAGAUUAUCAAGAAUGUAUAAAAAUCUGGUGAAUGCUUGUUGGAGAUGUGGAGGAAAUAAUGGUGACAUGAUCCACAUGUGGUGGACGUGUGAAAAGAUUAAGAAUUUUUUUUGGGGGGGGGGGGAAAUAUACGAUGAAUUAAAAAAGAUGAUGGGGAUAACUUUUACUAAAAAACCGGAGGCAUUUCUAUUAAGUAUUUUAGAUAAAGAGAUCCCAAAAAAUCUAAGGGAGGUAUUCUUGUAUGCAACCAUAGUGGCUCGAAUACUUGUGGCCAAGGGAUGGAAAGAUAACGAGGCUCCAAAAAUAACAGAUUGGCAAAUCAAAUUACAGGAAUUGGUGGAGACGGCUCAAUUGACUAGCAAACUCAGAGGAAACUCAAAGCAAAAAUUUGCGGAAAAAUGGGAUGGUUAUAGGAGAUAUGUUCAAAAAUGCAAUAAUAGUUUUGACUCCAUGCUAGCAUUCGAGUGAUAAAGGAACUAAAAGGAGGUGGACAACAAUUAAGGAUGUGUUAUGUUUUCAGAAUGUAUUGGAAAAUUUAUAUAGAAAGGUUUAUUGUAUUGUGUACAUUCGAUUGUAAGAUAAAAUAUAUGCAAAGGGACUUGACAGGAAGUCAAAGUUGAAGAAAAGAUUUUGUAAGAUAAAAGGGGGGGGAAAUAUUUACUUUCAUUAUUAUCAUUUGUGUGUGUGUGUGUGUGUCUGUACAUAUGUGUGUUUUUGUAUGGAAUGUUUGGGAGGAAAUAAGACAGUAAAUAACAAAUAACAAACUAAAUAUUGAUGUAUGUAAUUUUUAUUUCUCAAUUAUAUUUAGUGGUAGUAUGGUUGUACUGUUUUUUGUAACAUAAAAUCAUUCAAUAAAAAUUAUUUUUUUAAAAAUAAAAAUGCAAAACCAUUCUUAGGUUACCCUGGUGCUACUUAUAGGGAGAGAAAGAGUAGCAUUAGAAAUUAUGGUAACCCGUGGUACCUUUCUGCAUGCCCUUAGGAAAGACCUAAUUAUUCUGAGUUGCAUUGCUGUUGGAAUCAUGCAGAUUGCAGUGGUCUUAUCUCCACCACUCCUGCAUAGGGCUACCAGGUCACACAAUCAGUACCUCCAUAAAUGCCAACCAAAUUGGCUGCUCAUUGGCAGCCUGGUGCUCCCCUGAAGGCUAUCAUGCUGAGGUCACCAGAUCUAUGAGUUGGCCCAUUUUGAAUAAGUGUAAGAUGCUGUUGGCUUGAUCGUAUGAGAAUGACCCACCAAAAAUCUUAGACCCAUUGGAAUGAACUGAAACUGUGCAAGGGUAUGGUUGCUCAUCUCACUGUGGCUUGCACAAGUGCAUUAUGUUUAGGCAUAUAUUUGCAUAUGUGUUGCCUCCUGUGAAAACAAAGAACAAAAGAGGACACGGAUUUGCAUAAAAUGUUCACAUGCUAAUUUGCAUGUACAGAUUCAAAUCUAGAAAGAAUUGCUUUAAUUUAAAAAGAAAUACAAUGCAUUUCACCAUACUGGGAAAGAUUGGGACCACCUGUGUGCCAAUCAAGUCUGUUCUCCAGGUGCUAACUGUGGAUAGGCAACUUAAGAAUGUACCGUAAGAGCUAAAGCUCCAUGGUAUAACAUCUGCUUUGCCAAAGGGCUCAGGUUCAGUCCCUGGCAUCUCCCGGUAGGGCUGGGAAUAUCCUUUUCUGAAAUCCUAGAGAACCACUGACAGUCAAUGUAAGACAAUUUGAUCGAUUGAUUGAUUGAUUGAUUGAAUGAAUGCAAGACAGUACCGAACUUGAUGAACCAAAGGUCUGCUUCAGCAUGAGGCAGCGUCCCUUGUUCUUAAGUAUCCUGACCAACCAAAUGAACAGCCUAUGGAAAUCCCCUGCUGUUCUCCUUUCUUAGGGUUCUUUUAUCUUUAAACUGGACAUGGAUCAGAUAUCUCUCCAGAUAGAGGACUCCUUCCAACAGAGGAUGGUCCCCAAACAGCCCUUCAAAUGGAGGACUCGCCUCCUUAAAGUAAGAUGCAUAGCCAACUUGAUCAUGUUGUCAGAUUGGCCUGUGUCUAAUUCUGCCACUCUUAAGGGCACCCUAUAUCUGCUACCCAAGGGUGCUUUGUGGUAGGGCUGAAGGCAAUGGAAGCUUCUUGAUCUUUAAUGGUGAUGUACCCAGAUCUAGUGGCGGAGCUUCAUGCUCCGGCACCAGGGGGCGGAGAGCAGGUGGGCGUGGGGGUGGCGCACGCCCACCAGCUCUCCACCCCCCGGUCCUGGAGCAUAAAGCUCCGCCACUGGAUCUGGGUACAUCACCAUUAAAGAUCAGGAAGCUUCCAUUGCCUUCAGCGCAGGCGAGGGGGCAGCCACGAUGGCACCCCACCUGGAUUGCACUGCCGGGGGCGGUGCACUCCCCCCCCCUCCUCUGCCAGUGCCCAGAUCAUAGCCUGAUACAGUGGCAGACCUACAUUUUGGGGGCCCUGAAGCUUGAACUGUCAUGGGGCCCCCUUUGCAACCAGCAAUGAGGUCUGGGUGACCACUGCUAUCUUCUGCAAGGGGGUUGUUCUACAACAGAUCAUCACACCUUUACAACAUCUGUUCUACCGACUCUCAUACUUUGGGAUUGUUGAAAUAUAUACAAGAAAAAAUAACCAAUUUGAGUUGUGUGCCUCAAAUUGGGUCAACUCCAAAAAAAAUAAGCAAUGUGGAUGAAAACUGCUUCUGGGGCCCCUUCAGGAUUAGGGGCCCUGAAAGUUAAGCUUUAUUAGUUUCAUAGUAGAUCAGCCCCUGGCCUGACCUCAUGUUUUGGUAUGGAAAUAUUCUAAAGCUUCAACUCAUUAGGUUUUGUAGUUUUGUUGUGCUUGGAAAGAGGCUGUGUGCAGCCUAAUAUUGCAUGAAACCUGUUUCUUUCUUCAGUUUGCUUGACAAGUGUUUUACAUCUCUCCUCCAGCAUAACUAAAUGUACACUAUUCUGACCUGUUCUGCAAAAACCAAUAAUGUUUCUACAACUCCAACUGCCAUAGAAGAAUUCUUCUUCUGUCUUCCCUUCCUUAACAAGGUUAUUUUUAUCUUGAUGCAGUCAUCCUCUACUUCAUUUUUGUUCUUUUUUUCUCCCUUCAUCCUGAAUUUUGAUCAAUGCUUUAUGAGCCAGGCUAGGACUGUGUGUGUGUAUUUUGCAUGUUGUUGUUUUUUUAAAGAUCAUGCAUCUCCUGCAGGGGAUUUGAAGGGCAAGAGACAUACUCAGAGGUUGUGUUGCUAAAGUCUUUGCAAAGAGAGAUUCAUGGGAUCCUGGAGAUGAAAUUACAUCCUUGCAAGACUCUGUCAGGUUAAACCUUUGUUGGAAGCACACAGGUAGCAGAUUAUCCAUUCACUGAAUUGCAAAGGCUCUCACUUGAAUGGUAUGGUAAAAAUGGGGCUGAAAAAGAAGGCCAGGCCAAUGCAUAGUCAAUAGGCCAUUUACAAUGGUAAGGUCCUGAAAUUUUGUUUCAUCUCUAAUGGUAACCUCCACAGGGUCAGGGGACCACAUUUUCAAAUGUUUUGCAAAUGCUGUCUUGUAAAGCAAAUAGGAUUUAUGUCUCCUAACCUGCAUCUUUUAUUUUUCUGCAAGGACCUACCAUAUUUUUCCAUGUACAGUGGUACCUCGGGUUAAGUACUUAAUUCGUUCCGGAGGUCUGUUCUUAACCUGAAACUGUUCUUAACCUGAAGCACCACUUUAGCUAAUGGGGCCUCCUGCUGCCGCCGCGCUGCCGCUACAUGAUUUCUGUUCUCAUCCUGAAGCAAAGUUCUUAACCCGAGGUAAUAUUUCUGGGUUAGCGGAGUCUGUAACUUGAGCAUAUGUAACCUGAAGCGUAUGUAACCUGAGGUACCAUUGUAUAAGAUGCCCCCAUGUAUAAGACAACCCCUAUUUUUUAAACCCAAAAUUAAGGAAUUAAGUUGUUUAGCUUUUUUGGAGGGUGGAGGAGGUCACUUCCGCCAAUUGCUCACCCGCCUGCCCGCCACUGCCGAUCACUUGCCAAAGCCACUGCCGAUUGCACACCUUGCCGCAGCCGCCAGUUGUCUGCUUGUUCACCGCCAUCAACAGCCCACCCACCCACUUGCCACAGCUGCCAAUUGCCUGCCUGCUUCUCCACAGCCGCCAGUCACCUGCCCAAUUGCUGCAGCCACAGCCAAUCGCCAGUAGGCCUUGCUGCAGCCACCAAUCACCCGCCCAGUCACCAAUGCCAAUCUCCUGCUUGCUGCUGCCAUUAAUCACACGUCCCCCCUCUGCAUUCACUUUCCGGGUAUAAGAUGGCACCCAAUUUUUGCCUAAUUUUUUUUAGCAAAAAGCAUCGCCUUAUACACGGAAAAAUGCGGUAUUUCUUUCUAUACCCCUUCUCAUGUAACAUCAUGGCAUCUCAUUCAGAGCUGAUAUAAGCGACACUAGUCGAAGAGGUUUGGGUCACAGUGAAACCCAAAGCAAUUGCUUCUAAACUACAUCAAGAAAAUGCAACUGAUGUAAUUUCAUAGCCUCUGGCCAAAGCCCCUUUCCAGCUAUUAGGCAGGAUGGAGGUAAUAGGAAACUACCUUGCUUUCCUUUGUGUUGGCAAAAUAAUGUGUUGAUCGACCAGAUGGCUUUGUGCACCAGUGGUCAGGUGGCAAUUUUGUUUGCCUGCAACCAGGUUCAUGCAGGAAAGGUUCAGUCAAAGCACAAUGUUGUUGCACGCUGCCACAAUCUCUGAGUGCUGAGAGAUUCCAUGGUGCUUACCCAGGGUUCGUGUUUCCUUUUGGGAAUGGGGCACAGCAGAGACUUGUAGUGUCUUUAGGUUAUAUGGUUUAUUGACACAUAUAUACAACCUGAGCCUACGAUGGAGGGGUUCACAGCAUCAGCACCCCAAAAGGGUCUUGCUUCUCCCAUAGACACAGCCUUGGAUUCAAGCAGAAAUGAGCCAUGGCCCUCUCUUUGCCUUUCUAACCUGCAGCUUUUUCCUCUAGGUCAGUGGUUCCCAAUUAGCUAAUUGCCGAGGACCCAUUAUUUUUCAAAAGCCAAGCCACGGACCCCCUACUUUUGCAAAUUUGGAUAACUCUGUGGUAGUUACCUCUGCAAAGCAAUUUUAGGUAUACUGAAAAACAGACCAGGACUGAGCUAGUUUUCAACAUCAUGAUACAGUGGUACCUCUGGUUAAGAACUUAAUUCGUUCCGGAGGUCUGUUCUUAACCUGAAACUGUUCUUAACCUGAGGUACCACUUUAGCUAAUGGGGCCUCCUGCUGUUCACAUCCUGAAGCAAAGUUCUUAACCUGAGGUAUUAUUUCUGGGUUAGCGGAGUCUGUAACCUGAAGCAUCUGUAACCUGAAGCAUCUGUAACCCGAGGUACCACUGUACAUCAGUAGCUAGACAUAACGUUAUUAUGAUAUAUCAUGAUAUCUGAAAUUGGAGAUCAGGCGUAGGGAUGAGGGAAGCAGCAGUCAUGGAGAUUGGAUGGGGCGGGGGGAGGAAGCGGAGUCACCUCCACCAAAAGGUUUGAGUGGGAGGGGAUGGGGAUGGAGGGUGCGUUAAGCCGCCAUCAUUGGGGCAGCCAGUGGUGGCAGCCAGCAAAAAAAGCUCCUCCUCCUCAGUGUCAGGGAAGGGUAGUGCCACGGUGCCUUGAAGGGAGGGCAGUCAGUUGCCCUGUUGUCUGUCAGUGUGAGGGGGAGGCAGUGCCUUGCAAUUAGCUGCCCUGUUUUCCAUCACCAUGAGGGAAGGCUGCAGCAUUAUCGGCUGCCCUGGUCUCCCUCAGCAUGAGCGAAGGCAGAUCAGAUCAGCAGUGCUAUUGGCUGAGAUCAUCGUGCCAUAUCGGCAAGUGCCUUGAAAUUGGCUGCUGUGCUCUCCCUCGCAACAGGAGCGAUAUAUUGCUGCGUAUUGCCGAGUCAAAAUUGUUACUGUAGUGAGAUUUCAAAACCGAUUUUGGCCAAUAUAUUGAAAAAUCACACAGCGCUAAAAAAAGACCAUAAAAUUUGUGAUAUUGCCAUGCAAAAAUGACAAAAAUUUAGUUGGGCAGGAGGCAAGGGAUGGGGCCGCAGACCCCCUGGGUGAGUUCCACAGACCCCUAGGGGUCCCUGGACCCCUAAUUGGGAACCACUGUUCUAAGUCAUAUUGAAGCAAACUCUCCAACUCCAACUUUGUCAUUCUAAGAGCUGGAGGAGGGAGGAGGGCCCCACCCAUUUGCAUGCCCAGCCGGACACCCCCGCCCCAUGAGACAGUUGAAAGCAAUGAAUCACACAGCUCUGGCCAAUCCGGUGUGUCUCAAGAGGCAAUGAGGGUAUGGCGCAUCGGUCUGCAAAUGGUACGCACUGUUAGAUGUGUGAGUGAUUAUUGCCUUCUCACAUAGAGCCCCUUUUCCAUUCUUCUCUAAAUGGCCCAUUACCUUUCCUUUGUUCUCCUAAUCACUCAAGAGGCAAGCCUGUCUUGAUUAAAUUCUAACAUCUAGGGAUUUAGAUGUCUGCCACCCACAAGCUCAUAACAAUAUAUAAUUCCAAUAUUGAUUCCAGGAGGAUGGGUCAUUCACACACCUGGUCCCUACAUGUUUUCUCUAUGGGCUGUGUACACAAUAUGUAUGCAGCAACCCUGUUGGUACUUCUCCAUUUCCUUUUGUGAUGGGGUUCACUUUCCUCAAAGCAAGUUGACUGGGAAAAGACAGACCAGCUGGGUUGCAGGAGUAAAGAUACUGUCCCUUGUUGGGUCAGCUGAAGCUAUGUUAUGCUUUGCUUCAUUAUCUGGAAGCUAACCAGCCAUGAAGACAGGGCUGGUGCUACCAUUAGGAGGAGACCUCAGGUAGCAGAUCAGGCCACUGUAGUCUACGCAUUCAUAACAUUAAAACUAGGCUACUGCAAUGCACUUUAUGUGGGGCUGCCCAUGGGCCUGGCUCAGAAGCUCCAACCAGUGCAGAAUGCAGGAACUAGACUGCUGAUGCAAGUAGACAUCUGAUGUCAUGUGGCACUACUGAAACAUCUGCACUGCAUGCUCAUAUGCUACUGGACCAGGUUAGUAUACAAAGCCCUGGGUCAAGGAUAGUUUAAGGACUGCUUUCAUCCUUUUAUCCCAUCUUGAUAACUGAAAUAAUCUGAAGGAGUGCUGUUAGUUGUCCCCCAUGGUUCAGAGACCUGGCUACUCAGCUAAAACCUGGGCAUUUCCUGUUACCUGUUCCAUACUUUUCAGGUAGAGCUUUGGCAGUCAUUCUCAGUUUUCAUUCUUGGGCAUCUCUUGGAAACUGUUCCUACUUUGGGAAAGGAACCUCUGAAGGACUCAAAGAUGCGCUUCUGUGUGUGGAAUAGGGGGGCAACAAUACCAUCUUACCUUUUCUGCCUUUGGCAGAAAAAUGUCUUAGCCCGGCCCUUCAUGAAGGGACAGAUUAGGUGCUUUUCAUGUUGUUGUUUGGCCUCCUUGGUAUGGAUUGAACCAAGUCUGGCCCCAUAUUUCUGGAGGACCUUCAGCAAAGUGCGCUCCAUGGACCACCUUGUCCAUCUAACAACUUCCCUGGCCAUGGGCUCACCUGAUGGCAGCUACAGCUACAUGCCCCACUUUAAAAUUCUCCACAAUUUAAAAGUACCUGACAUUCGGGGGGGGGGAGCAUUGUAGAGUAUGUAAAAUGCACUUUGUAGCCACCCAUUGUGUAGGUGGUGGUGGCUGCAUGGCAGAUGCAAUGCUGGUGGGCCCUGGCAUGGCAUUGGGGCCCUGGCAGUUGCCUGAGAGUGCCAGUGCUGGUACCAAGCCUAGGGAUUUUUCUUCAGUCCCCCUUGAAGUAUCACAGGCACCAUCCUUAAUUGUGCCUAACAAAGACCUAUAUUUUCCAUCAAGCAUUUGUUGAUUUUAGUGCAUAGCUUUUAGCCUUCUCUAUAUCUUUCUGUUGUUGUUGUUGUCGUUGUUGUUGUUGUACAGCCAAACCUCGGUUCUCGAACGGCUCCAUUUUUGAACGUUCCGGCUCCCAGAUGCCAAAAACCCAGAAGUAAAUGCUCCAGUUUUUGAAUGCUUUUUGGAAGCCAAACGUCCGGCAUGGCUUCCGCUUGAGUGCAAGAAGCUCUUGCAACCAAUCAGAAGCCAUGCCUUGGUUGUCAAACAUUUCAGAAGCCGAAUGGGCUUCCAGAGCAGAUUACAUUCGACAACCGAGGUUUGACUGUACUGAUGUUUUGGGUUGUUGUUUUAAUAUGUACUAUUUUAAUACAUUUUGUAAUCCACCCAUUAAUUUGAUAAUGAAUGACUGUAUAUAAAUAAUAUAUUUAUCUAUUUAUUUAUUACAUUUAUAUACCAUCUGUUUCUCUGAGGAGCACAAGGUGGUGUAUGUUGUUCUCCCCCUCCUUUUUUUAUACUCACAACGUUCCUGUGAGGUAGGUUAGGCUGAGAGAGGCAGUGACUGGCCCAAGGUAACCCAGUGAGCCUCAUGACUGAGUGGGGAUUCAAACCGUGGCCUCCCAGCUCACAGCCCAGCACUCUAACCACACUGGCUCUCUAUCUAUAAUAUCAACUAUAGCCAAGAAAUUGAGAGUACUGCUCAGACGCUAUUAUGCGUUGUGUGGAUCCAUAAUUAGCCUCCACAGUCACUUAUGGACUCAUUGUUAAAAGUGUGUUUAUGGAAGACAAUCUUACUUGGCUACGAGUGAUCGCCAAAGAAGAAGAAUAUGCCUCCUUCACACAAACACACACUUUUCUCCUCUUCUUGGAGUUGACUCUGUGCCACAUUGUUAGGAAGCCAUGCCGAAUAGCGUCUAUCAAUCAUUGCACUGUCAAAGAAUUCCCAGUUAUGUAUUUUGCAAAAAAUGACAAAAGUGAGUAGCAAUGCACUGCCGCCACUCCACAUGGACACUUAAUUAUUAAUACUUGAACAUUAAUACUUGUAUUUCUUUCCCCCUAGAAAGUGCCUCACUUUCUCCUAUAAAACAAAACAAUUUAUUGACAGACAACGUAUAGCACAACAGAGUGUUGAAGUUUCAGUGUAGGUGUGGCAGCCUGACAGCCAGAGGCGAUGCAGUGCAACCGAUUAUAUGGGUUUUAUUAUUUUGAUAUCAGAAUGUUUGAGCUAAAAUAAAAUAUUGCUAAAGAACUCUCUACCCCAUGCACUGGGGACUGAGCUCAUACUUGCUCGAGCUACUGAGUUCUAAGCGUUAACAAAUCUAUUUUCUAGACAUUUUGAGGGCUGGGAGGCAGACGGCUGGCCUAGAUUUCCCCAAACACAUUAUGCCAGGGAGAACAGGCACAGGAAUAGGAGUGUAACUUAUAGCCAGCCACAGACUUUCCAAAAGGAUGGAAGGUGAGCCCAGUGGAAGCUAUUAGAUAUUAGAAUCCCAUCUAAAGUGUCAAUUUCAGUUCUCUUAGGUUUGUCAUUCUCCCCUUCUUAAAUUCAGUUCUACGUGUUUCCAGCACAAUCUGUAACAACAACAACAACAACAACAACAACAACAACAACAACAACCCUAAUGAAAAAUUGUCAGCAUUUUAGUGUGAAUUUAUGCUCAUUAUUGGGGGGGGGGGGGUUGAGUCUGGACUAACAUACAUGUUUUUUGCCAACAAGUCUCCCUAGUGCAAUGUGGUUUUUGUGUUACUCCCACUAAUACAGGUACAUGUCACCUUUUUAAAAAAACGCACACAUUGUGGCAGACACCCCCAUUGAAGAUUGGGACCGGGUAAUGUGACCAAUAGUCUGGGUGUGUUAAUAGAGAAACUUCCCUUGCAUCCAGGGGAGGUCUAUAAUUAGACAGCAGCAAGGUAUUAUAUUUCUGUGAAGGCUGCCCAAUGUCCACUCACUCCCCUCACAGAGGUUCAAAGUACGAGGGAGCAAUUGUAGGACAAAUCUAUAUGUGUAUUUAAUAGCAUCCUAGGGGGGUUUAAUGCUUAAUGGUUUCACACAUGAGGCACAAAACUUAGGUCAAAGCACAAACUCUUUACAGAGAAACUUUUUAAAUGGCACUCUUCAUCUAUGUAGACUUUCCCCACCUGUAAUGGUUUGGAAGCUCCUGCCAGUGCAGAAUGCUGCAGACACAUUGCUGAUGGGAGCUUCUUAUUGAAAACAUGCAACACCAGAGUUUAAAAAGCUGCACUGGCUACCCACCUGCUGCCAAGCUAGGUUCAAAGUUACUGUAUUGAUUUACAAAGGCCUGAACAACUUGCAUCUGAAUCCUUAUAUACCAGCUCAAUCACUGUAAUCAUCUGCAAGAGCGACUUUGGUCAUUCACUGAGUUGGUGAGGCUCGUUUGAUAACAAUGAGGAGCCAAGUCUUCAGUGCCAUUGGCCCAGUCCUGUGGAAUACUCUGCCAACAGAGAUUCAGCAGGCACCUUCUGUGCAAACUUUUGAAUGCCUGCUGAAAACUUUUCUAUUCCAUCAGGCCUAUGCAGGCAAUAAAAAUGCAUCCCCCACAAUGGUCUGUUAAAGUUUGUUUUUAAUUUCUUUUUGUGUUUUCCUUGUUUUUAACAUCUUAUUAUUUUAUUGUUUGGUUUUAUGUUUUGUAUUGCUGUGAUAUAUAUUUAUGAUACAGAGAGACAUAAGCAUUAAGUAAGUAAGUAAGUAAAAUAUCUGUGUUCUUAACCAUCAACCCUUCCAAGCUAACCCAGCUCAGAUGGUCAAAAUCUUGUCUGUCCACAGGCAAUCCCUACCUCUAACUGAGACUCAAUUCACUAUCUGUCCCCACUGACAGAUAUUCCCUUUCUGAGUCUACUCAGAUAGCCAGAGGCCCCAGCUGCCUACCCAGAGAGAAAGUCCCUAUCAAACCUUUAAACUGCAUCUCAUCUUAAUUCCACUCUUUCCUUUCUGAUUGGCUGCUGGACUCAACAGCUCUCACUGGGUGCUGGGUCACCAGGAGGCAGACCCAGACAGUGGCGUAGCGUGGGGGGUGCAGGGGGGGCCGGCCGCACCGGGCGCAACAUCUGGGGGUUAGGGUUAGGGGGCGCAAAUCCACGGGUUAGGGGGCGCAAAUCCACGGGUUAGGGGGUGCAAAUUACUUGCCUUGCCCCGGGUGCUGACAACCCACGCUACGCCACUGGACCCAGAGCCUGCGUGUCAUGCAGAUUGCCCUGGUGUAUGCAUUUACGUACAUAUAACUUGGCUGGAGAACCACAUCACAAAAUUCAGGGCAUGGGAAUUUUGCAUAUUCUUUCAAAAAAUGUGAAUCUAGUAAGUGUUGUUUGGGCCAAAGAAUGAAGAUGAGUUAUGUUUAUAAAAUUAUGUAUGGCUUUGAGAAAGUAGGUAGAGAAAGGUUUUUCUCCCUCUCUCAUAAAGAAGUAACUCUUGGGCAUCCAAUGAAGGUGAAUGUUGGAAGAUUCAGGACAGAAAAAAAGGAGUUCUUCAUGCAGCACGUAGUUAAAAUGUGGAACUUGCUCCCACAGAAAGCAGUGAUAGAAACCAACCUGGAUGACUUUAAAAGAGGGUUAUGCAAAUUCACGGAAGAGAGGCUUACCCUCUUGAUCUUCAUAAAGCAUCAUGUAAGAACUUAAGAAAUGUCUUGCUGAAUAAGGUCAGUGGCGCACCCAGUCCAGCAUUCUGUUCUCACAGUGGCUGAAUGCUUGCCUAUGGGAAACCUGCAAGCAGGAUUCAAGCCCUAAAGCACUUUCCCCUCAUGUGGUUUCCUGAAACUGAUAUUAGGAAGGAUUGCUGCAUCUAACGGUGAAGGCAGAGCAAAGCCAUCAUGGCUAUUAGCUACCAUUAUCCCUCUGCUCCAUGAAUUUGUCUAAUCUUCUUUUACAUUCUUCUAGGUUGGUGGUCAUCCUGUGGGAGUGAGUUCCAUAGUUUAACUAUGUGCUGCAUGAAUAAGUCCCCCCCCCACACACACCUUAACUGCCAGUGCAGUUGGCUUUGGUAUGUAGAAUGGAGGAGAGGUUGCCAUCUUGCCCUUUGCCUCAGGGAAUAAACUGUACAGUGGUACCUCAGGUUAAGUACUUAAUUCGUUCCAGAGGUCCGUACUUAACCUGAAACUGUUCUUAACCUGAAGCACCACUUUAGCUAAUGGGGCCUCCUGCUGCUGCCAUGCCGCCAGAGCACGAUUUCUAUUCUCAUCCUGAAGCAAAGUUCUUAACCUGAGGUACUAUUUCUGGGUUAGUGGAGUCUGUAACCUGAAGCGUAUGUAACCCGAGGUACCACUGUAAUGGGUUGGCCUUGGAUAGUGGACUUGUUUUAUGCAACAUUUAUAUUCUGAGAGCAUUAUGUGAAAAUUAAGAAGAAACUGCUGCAGCGUUUUUGUUUUAUUAUUCACUAUAUUUAUACGACAGUGUAGUUCUCUGGUUGACUCGCAAGCCUAGAACGACAGAGUGCAGUUCAAAUAACAAUAUCAUAACUUAACAAUAUUCUAAAGAACAGCUUGCAGCCUAAAGAUUUCAGCAGAGACAAUAAAGCCAGAUGACUAAAAACAUAUAUCACAGCAAUUCAAACAGUGAAACCAUAGGUUUGUUAAAGGAUCAGGAGAAUGAUAGUGUUGCGAGUUGGGGAGAGUAUGCAUGAUGCCUCAGCCUCUUAUAACCAUCUAUGGAGUCCUUGAUCCAGCAAGGGCUAAAACCUCAUGUAGAAUCCAGUUGUUCAGAAAGCCAGCCCAGCUUCUUGGUGAUGCCUCGGCCUCUUAUAAUGGGCCUAAGCAUGGUUGUUAGUAUAAGAAAGGGAGUGGGAGGCCCCAUUAGCUAAAGUGGUACCUCAGGUUAAGAACAGUUUCAGGUUAAGAACAGACCUCCAGAACGAAUUAAGUUCUUAACCUGAGGUACCACUGUACUUUCUUCUGGCAGGCCUGGGUAAAUAAACUACAUACAAAACUGAACUUUUUUUGGAGGAGCCACCCAGAAGAUAAGAAGAUGCAGCAAGGUCCAAACAAUUGCCAUAUCCUGAUGUACUUACAAACCAUGAAUUUGUGGUAUUCUGAGUCAAUUUGACCCAUGAGACGCUGUAAUUAUUUGAUGAUUGCAUGUUUUGUUAUGUGGUGGCUCUUAUGUGUCUGGACUGCACAGUGCAUGUAAUGCUCUGAACAUUUAUGUCCAUGAUUAAAUGUCCUGUGGCUCACUUGAGGGUGACCUGUGCUUUUCAGACAAAUAAACAUAACCCAAAUGGAGCCACUGCACAUCACUUGCACACAUAGAAGCAAACUUGAUGAGCAACUUUUAUUGUCCAAAGUAAAGCGAUAGUUCCAAAGCUCUGUGCCUGAGUGCAAUGCAGAAUUAAUUCAAAGAGAACCUAGUAUAUUUCAAGCAUUUAAAGGCAAACUUACUCAAUUCACAGUUUCUGAAACAACAUGUAAGCAGAAAAACAACCACCCUUUCACACUUCUCACAAAUUCUCAGCGUAUUUCUCCAGCUAAGUAAUGUGUUCAAUUAUGCACACACUGGGGCAAAGUGGGCAUAAAAAUGCAUAUAACAGUGAACAUAUUAGAGGGAAAAUACUUUUUUAAAUGGGCAUACAAAGAUGUGUGAGGGAAACCAAAAUGGGACUGUUUACUAAUUCCAAAUAACCUGCUGAUAGCAAUUCAUGUAAAAGUAUAGAAAGACUUAGGAAGCUUUUUGCAAACACAAUAGCUUUUAAAUCAGUGGAGGACCAAGUACCUGUUUUCAUCUGAGGAAUGUAAGCAGCUUUAAGCCUAUUCAGGUUACUUUGACCUGUUAUGUGAUUUGUUUGCCGGGAAGUUAGAUGAUGUUGCAUCAAAGCAAGUGUUAGCCCAAAUCUUCUAUCACUUUUUCCCAUCACUGUUCUUUUUCCCCUUUUUUUAAAAAAGGCUGAUCCUUUUGGGAAGCUGGUUUGCUCUGCAAGAACUCAUAGGUAAAGGUAAAGGGACCCCUGACCAUUAGGUCCAGUUGUGACCGACUCUGGGGUUGCGGUUUAUUGGCUGAGGGAGCCGACGUACAGCUUCCGGUCAUGUAGCUAGCAUGACUAAGCCGCUUCUGGCGAACCAGAGCAGCGCACGGAAACGCUGUUUACCUUCCCGCCGGAGUGGCACCUAUUUAUCUACUUGCACUUUGACGUGCUUUCGAACAGCUAGGUUGACAGGAGCAGGGACCGAGCAACGGGAGCUCACCCCGUCGCGGGAAUUCAAACUGCCGACCUUCUGAUCGGCAAGCCCUAGGCUCUGUGGUUUAACCCACAGCACCAUCUGUGUCCCUGCAAGAACUCAUAAGCUACCAUAAUUGCUCAACUCAGAUUUGUCAGUACAGUGGUACAUUGGGUUAAGAACUCAAUUCUUUCUGGAGGUCCAUUCUUAACCUGAAACUGUUCUUAAUCUGAAGCACCACUUUAGCUAAUGGACUUCGCGCCGCCGGAGCACAAUUUCUGUUCUCAUCCUGAAGCAAAGUUCUUAACCCGAGGUACUAUUUAUGGGUUAGUGGAGUCUGUAACCUGAAGCGUCUGUAACCCGAGGUACCACUGUAUGUGAUUGAAUCCCACAUGGAAACAGUGACAGUCUGGAAGCAGUUCUACACACAUGUAAGACCCAUACUGCUAAUGUCAUGGGUGGCAACUAACACCACCUUCUAGUGAACAUGUAUAUGGCAUGAACGUUUUCAGGGAAUGAGUUUUCUGCACCUACAGCCAUUUGCACAAAGGAUUUCUCCCUGCAGACAUUUAUUCUCUACACACAGAGUCUAGUUGGCACAUGAGACAUCAGCAGUUUGGCUACUUGAUGCAGCCUUUCUUCCUGCUCAGGCAAUCACUCUAUACACGGGUAUAGCUUCUUAAUUGGAUUUGAAUGUAUAUUUGUUGCACACACACUGGGGAUCAAUGGGCAGUGUAGUUCCCUGACACACUGAAAGUCUUUAAUUCGUUCAGACAUGAUCAUCCAUAUUAUAUGACAUUUUGUUGUUAUUAUUUCAUCAUUUUAAACAAAAAAGAUGUCUCAAACCAAGUUGCACAUUCAUAAAGCACAAGUAGUUUAACAAUAAUGAAAGAACAAGAAUAUAUACUGUAUAUAUAGAAAUAACAAAAUACCUAGAAGUGCCUAAACUGUUACAUGUGCAACUCCAAAGGCUGACAAUAUAAAGAACAUCAAAACAUCCCACUUGUGUAAACUUUACAGAGAGAAAUAUCCAAAGCAAAAGACUUUGAUUCAUCUGAGUUGCAUAAGCUGCCAUCACAGAAUGAGGUUCUUCGUAAACUAGGACUACAAAUCCCAACAUGCAGAGGAGCAUUGUGGUAAUUGUGCAGUUGUCUGUCUUUCUGCUGGUAGCAUUUAAAGCAUCACAGAGCAGAAAGAAUUAAAGGACUCUUUUCUUACAAACAUAAAGUCUAACCUUAGUUUACUGCUGAAUCAGAACAAAUGGUGUUCCACAGAAAACUCAAUUGGCAUUUGUUACAAUUUGGCGAUAAUCAGUAGGUUCCCCCAGGGUAAAUAAAGAUCCUCUUGGACCCAUAACUAGAAAUCAGAGGGCAAGCAGAAGAAAACAUGGGGCAAGUGGAAGUGUGGAUGAACCCAAAGAGGGAACCAGUGAUAAGCCUUGUCAAGUCAUUGACAAGCCUAUGUAUGUGGAGCUAACCUCCCUCCAUCUUCUCUCUCUCUCUAUUGCCUGCCCUAUUGUGAAUUGCAGAUUGUAAUCUCCUUGGGGACCGGGACCUUUCUUUUUGUCAUUACUUGGUCAACCUUUAUUUAUUUGGUUUAUUUGGUCUGAAGCACUUUCAUCCCACUCUUAGCCAAAAGAUUGUCUUACAAAUGUCAAGGAAGUUUAUUGAUGGGUCUUUGUAACUAACAAGUGGGACCUUCAACAAAACGUUGCAGCAUGAAGUGCUCUGGUUUGCGGGGUGCCAGCCUGCCAGCCAGCUAUGCUGUCUUCCUGGGUGUCUCUUGCCACCAAUAGCCAAUUCUGUGGCCACUGAGCAUGCUCAGUCUGCAUUAAGCUGUUUUUCUCUCCCCACACAUGUUUAGGAUUCUUUCCCAGGGAGUAUUUUUGUAUUUUUGCAAGUCUUUGGGUACCCUUUGUCCCGUUCGCAUCUCAAUCUUUUGUGUGGGUGGUGCUGUUUUGACUGUCUAAGGACUGGAACACAGAUAACUACAUUCACUGUCUGUAUAGAUGAUUAACAAUUAUUUCUUCUUCUAGUUUAUUUCCUUUGGCAUGAAUAUGGUAUGCAGGCAGAAGCACAACAGUUUGCCUGCUAGCAUGUGUUACUGCAAUAAGGGGCAAUAGCCCCAGAUUCUUAACAAGCCAACAGCUUUAAUUGUUAAUAUUGACGUCAAAACUGUUGAAAUCAAGGAAACUCGAGGUUGUGCUGACUUUCUUAAUUUACCACAACAAAGCAGGCUUGCCUUUUUAGUUUGGCAAGUCCUGCUUCUCAGCCUCUAACAACAUCCUGAGACACAGAUAUGGAGCACCUGGAACUCUUCUUGGUGAAAGAUUGAAAAUGGUGGUAAAAACAGAUUUCUGCAUGCUAGCUUGAUGUUCUAAAGCACAGGAGAGGGGCCACUGUAAAAAUGAGCAAUUGCAUAAAAUAAAUAGAGCUGCCUGAAGACUUGGGAAAGGUCCCUUGUAGCUGCUGAUUUGUUGCAUCUCUGCCUUAAAUACAGUAUUCUUUGAAACCCAAAACAAGUAAAAAAAAAAAAAAGCAAUAGGUGGGGAAAGCAGACUCAACUAGCUAUGAUGGCCACGCUCCACCUCCACUGCAUCUGCAUACUGGUUCCUGGGGGUUGCAGGUGAGGAGAGUGCUGUAGUGCUCGGGUCCUGCUUGGGGUUUCCCACAGGCAUCUGGUUGGCCAUUGUGAGAACAGGAUGCUAGACUUAGAUGGGCCUUUGUCCUGAUCCAGCAGGCCUCUACUUACCGUAAUUUUUGUUCCAUAAGAUGCACCCAACCAUAAGACGCACCUAGUUUUAGAGGAGGAGAACAAGAAAAAAAAUAUUCUCUCCCUCUCUGCUCAGCGCAUUUCCAGCAAAGUGGGAGGAGAAAUGGAAGGGGCUCCGUUUCUCCUCCCGCUUCGCUGAAGGGGCGCUGCGCAGAGAGGGAAAGCUGUGCAGCGCUGCUCCAGCGAAGCGAAGCCAGGAGAGCAAGAGGGAUCGGUGCGCACCGAUCCCUCUUGCUGUCCUAGCUUCAGCGAAAGCAGCGCAGCCUGCAUUCAUUCCAUAAGACACACACACAUCUCCCCUUACUUUUUAGGAGGGGAAAAGUGCGUCUUAUAGAGCGAAAAAUACGGUACGUUCUUAAGACUUAACACAGAGAGACAGGAGCCAAACUGAUAACAUAAGAAGGCUCUUGCUAGGUCAGAGCAAUUGUUCAGGGUCAUUUCUCAAGGAGAAAGAAGUCGGGGGGGGGGAGUGAAUGGGUGCAAAGACUUUUCUUAGGAAAGCAGGGAUAAUGCAGUAAAUGUGAGUGAAGCUUGAAAUAUUGAAUGGCAUAGAGUGGUAUAUUCUGUGGGAGAUUCUUCCACUCCUUUCUACACUGGAGCAAUUCCUACCAAAGUCCGACUGAUCCAGCAUUCUUAUUCCAACAGAAACCCUUCGAGAUAUACAUGGAGAACAACUUUCCCUUUCACCAGUAUUCAUAGUAUGCUGUCUCUUACCAUGGAAGCUCUCUUACGUGAUCACAGCUUAUUUGCCCCCAACUUUCUUGGUCCUUUUCUCCCUUCACCUCUGCAAAAUUUGUAAGAAGUUUCUAACACAAUAUUUCACAUGUCUGUUCAGAAGUAAGCCCCUCUGAAUUCUACGAAACUAACUGCUAGGUAAGUGGGUACAGGAUUGAAGCCUAAAUGUUAAGCAUUUUAGAUUAUCUUGUCUUGGUUUCAAAGGAAGAAUGGCACUUUGUAUUGGUUCUGACACAGAGCUUGAAGCAUCUUUGCAAAAUAAAAUAAGAGCGCUCCUUUCAAGACCUUGGGAAACAAUGACAUCAUAGGCAAAUUGGGCCAGAAACCAUUAAUAGAGGUCUUUGUAGACUAAAAUCCCCUGGGAGGGCUAGUUUAGCAAACUGACUUUGUUUACAAAUGGAAACAGUAACCCAUACAGUUGACUUGCUCGCUCACUGGGAGCUACUGAAAUGUUCCAUAGGCAAUCAGUCAGAUAGUUUAUUGCAUUGAUGAAAGGUCGUCCCCAUUUCCUCAAGUGGCAAAGAUUUCUAUAAAGACUAAAGUGAUUUUAAAAGGACCAAAAUUAUAUAUAAUCAUAUCCAAAAGAAGAAGAGCUAUAUAUCCCUUUUCAUCUAAGACUUCCAGUAACUUUAGCAAAUUGAACUGUUCUGUAUGGGUUCAUCCAUACUUUUGCAUGUGCCAUGCCUAGGAAGUACGGGUCUGGCAGGGUUUCCACUUGACCCGCACAUUCUUAGCAUGGGUCCGAGUGCUUUCCCCCUUGCCCCACUCCUUUGCAAGGGAAAACCUGCUCUUUAACAAAUAGAUCAGAGCAACUGGCAAUCCAGGGAAAACCCAAAUUGCCAUUUUCUCCAAUUGAGCACCAAAGAGCGGUUUCCCCCAGGGGAAAGCAGCGGAACAAGAGGAAGUGUGGAUAUGUGCUAUGUACACAUCUAUAACUAAAGGAAAUUGCACAUAUCUGGGCCUCUUUAAAUUCUCUUUAUAUUAUUAGGUCAUUAUAUUAUUAGCACAUUAGAAAUGUGCUAUUUCCUGGCAGACAUAGAUGUAUACAUUAAAGACCAUAUUUUUCACUCUAUAAGACGCACUUUUUUCCCCUCCAAAAAUUAAGGGGAAAUGUGUGUGCGUCCUAUGGAGCAAAUGCAGGCUCCUUGGCUUCAGCGAUAGCAACACGAAGCCUCCGAAGCGCAGUGGGAGCGCUUCCGCCGCGCUCCAGAGGCUUCGCGUUGCUUUUGCUGAAGCCUGGAGAGCGAGAGGGGUCAGUGCGCACCGACCCCUCUCGCUCUCUAAGCUUCAGGGAUAGCCGCCUGAAGCCUCCGGAGCGCAGUGGGCGGGCCCGCGGCGCGCGGGUGGCUUUGUGUUGCUUUCGCUGAAGCCAAGACUCUCCUGGUUUCAGCGAAAGGAACCCGAGGCCUCCUGAGCACAGUGGGAACUUCUGCUGCGCUCCGGAGGCUUCAGGCAGCUAUCCCUGAAGCCUGGCAAGCAAGGGGGGUUGGUGCACACCGAUCCCUCUUGCUCUCCUGCCUUUGCUUUGCUGAAGAGGUGCUGCUCAGCUUUCCCUCUCUGUGCAGUGCCCCUUCAGUGAAGCGGGAGGAGAAAUGGAAGGGGCUCCGUUUCUCCUGCUGCUUUGCUGAAGGGGUGCUACGCAGAGGGGGAGAGAAUUUUUUUCCCUUGUUCUCCCCCUCUAAAACAAGGUGCGUUCUAUGGUCAGGUGCAUCCUAUAGAGCGAAAAAUACGGUACAUAUAUGCAUUUCAUCAGGAUAUCUUAGAUUAAUUUCUCUUUCUAAAUUUCUGGGCUUCUUCAAAACUGGUAUUUCAAUCAGGAUAUUUAGGGUGAAUAUAUCUCACUUUCUAAAGUGGGCAGCGUAUCAGACAAUGUGCCAGAUCCUUUGCCUCAUGUUGUCUACAAAUACUGAGUUGCUCACUAUGUGGCCCACGGGAUCUCUUUUCUUUUCAUAGCAUGUAAAAAGCACAUUGUGAGGGUUUGGUGAUCUCUUAAUACCAAUGAUCUCAGAGGGUGAAUGCUCUCUUUGGCGGAUUGAAAUGGUUUUAUAGGUGGUCUAAAGAUACAAGGACACUAAUGAGAUUACCCUGGCCAUUACCACAUAGCUCAGCUAAUGUUCUUUGAGGAAAGUAUGAAUAUUUUUGUGGGUCACAAAGCUAUAUAUUGUAUGCCAGGUCUGAAGACAUCUCAUUUGAAAACUGCAAUUGUUACAAGGCUAUUAUAAUGGAGGAGGGUGUUAGAGGAGGGGUAGUACCUCUGCUGGGGGAAAUGUCAUGCUCUUUCUGGGGUAGUUUGUCCACCUUUGGUCCCCAGCUUGCACUCAGCUCUCAUCUGUGGCUCCUAGAAGCUGUUGGCAUGUGACAGCAGCUAUACCCAUGAACAGCUUUGACUGGCCAGCUAAACCUAUCAAACCCUUGGUUAGAUGUUUUGGACUACAACUUCCACCAGUCCCAACCAGCAUGACCAGUGGUCAGGUAUUUUGAGACCUGUAGACCAGAAAUACUGUAUCUGGAGUCACCAUGUUGGGAAAGGCUAGAAUAUGCACCAUAUUAUACAUGGUUUGCACACUGAAAAUGCAUUGCAAAAUCUGGAGACGUGCAAAAGCCAGCUUUUUCUGUUCCUAUUUGUGAGAUGUGGAGCACCAAGCUUAUUUUUUUAUUUUAUUUCAUAAAAUUUAUACAUUGCUUGAUUUAAAAAUAAACCUCAAAGCUGUUUACAAAAAAAGAUAAUUUUAUUUCUGAUAAGUUAAUUGUUUUAUCAACAAUAAUUUGAGAUUAUCAGAAAGUUAAAAUAACAAUAAACUGAAAACAAAUUAAACCUUGCAUUGACUUUCUAAAUAUUGGUGUGGAAUGGAUUUUAAAAAACUCUCCCUCAUCCCUACUCUUAGCCCCUUCCCCUUCCAGAAAUGGCACCACUACCUCAUAAAACAAAGAGAAACCAAAGAUGUUCUGUGAAGAGAAACUUGUAGGUGGAUGCAGCAGAGAAAUCUUAGACAGGAUUGCUGUCUUCCUCUAUUGAAUGUUAGCAUCAAGCGGUUGACUGUGUAUUCUUAGUGAGCCACUGAGUUUAUUGAUCUGUUAAUUGCUCUGGUUCAGGAGUAGGGACCCUCAGAACCAGGCGCCAAAUGUGUCCCUUCAGACCUCUCCAUCUGGUCCUUGACAUUCCUCGCCCCCAAAGCCAGGCCACCCCCACCAGCCUUUCUCCUCACCCUCCAUGAGUAAUUUUACCUGGCAGCACUGUAUACUUGAUCUGUAAUAAUGCUUCUUGUUUCACCUGGAUGGAGAGGUGCAUGUAGAAACAUCUGGAUUUUCCAUGGCUGGUAUGUGGCCUACUGUAUAAUGGUAAGACUUGCAUCUGUUGCUCUACUUACUUUUGCCCCUGACCAUGCCAGCCAUUGGCAUGUGGCCCCAGGGGGCUUGACCACAAGGGAAUGUGGCCCUUGUUGAGAAAGCCUCCCUCCCUCUCCUGGUAGGCCAUUAGAUUUUAUUUACUAAACUUUUGAGAGUGGGAGAGAAGUUAUUAUAAGGUAGGAGUGAGGAAACUUUGGCCCUUUAGGCUGUUGAACUACAACUCCCAUCAGGCUGAGCAAGCAUUGCUAAUGGCUGGGGCUGGUGGGAACUGCAGUUCAGCAACGUAGGGAGGGGUCAAAGGUUUCCCACACCUCUUCCAAGGGUUAAUAUGACCUGCAAGCUUGGGGUGGGUUACGGUGGAGAGAAUUUUCACAUCAGUGAAGAUUGUUUCUGCCUGAAUGUUGUGUGUGGUGUGUGGUUUGCUUCUUGGGGAUCACAGGGUUAUGCAAUUAUCUCUUUGCUUGCUUGUUCGUUGCACUUAUAUCUCUCCUUUCCUCCAAGGAGCACAAGGUGUACAUGGUUCUCUUCCUCCCCAUUUUAUCCUCUCAACAACCUAGUUAGGCUGGCCCAGUGAGCCUGAUGGCCAAGUGAAUCAUUUCUAUUCAUAAAAAUAUUUAUAUCCCUCCAUAGCAUAAAAAAUAUCAAAGUGGUUUACAACAAUAUCUAUGUACAAUAAAAACAAACAAUUAAAAAUAAAAUAAAACCAGAGAUCAUCAACUAAUUAUCACAAAAAUAUGUUUCAUUUAAUUGCCUGCAUAAGCUUAGUUGCACAGAAAAGUUUUAAUGAGGCAUUUAAAGGGUAAAACAAGAAGGCACUGGCUGAAAUCUCUAUUAUUGGAUAAUUAUCUCCAGAAUGUCUAAUUACUGAAAGCUUUGGCAUAAUUAAAAUCAUACUGAGAUCUGUGUUUAAUGUGACUGCAUAAGGGCAAAACUAGUUCUGGAUGUGACUCUCCAAAUCUCUCAACCUGGGCCUUGUGACUCUUCCCUGGGUGCACCCCGUCACUGGUGCUGCUACACAUGCAAAAUCCUUACAUGCUGCUGGUACAUGUGAUUGUCCAAAUUGACCACCAAAUAUAUUGGAGAAAUAUUUAACCCACUCAGAGGCAGGAAUUGAGGCUUGCUGUGAUGAUAUCACUUCAUUCAAGCCUUGGGCCACCAGUUCCCAGAAUUAGUCUUCUCUCUGUUCCGUUACUGCUAGUCGCAAUUCCUGCCACUUGAUUUUCAUAUAUACGGCUUGUAUAUUCAGUAUAUUUCUUGUUUCUGGACAGAUUCUUAUAUUCCAACCUACAUUUGGUGAAACUUUCCAUGGAUUCCUCUGAUGGAUUUUUCUGAGAAUCCCUAAUUAGUCUUAGUCAGAACGUUCUUAACCACUUUGCACUGACCAUCAAACCAGCCAAGGUGUGUUGAUUGUGUGUAGUUAUUAAUUAUAGAAGUUAUCAAAUAGAACUUGAGUUCUGUGAGAAGAAGACAGCAACAAGAUUUGGAGGUUUGUUCAAAAAAGGUUGACACAAGCUCCUCAGAUUAUUACUAUAUAGUGUCUCAUGAAUAUUGCUGCUCAAUCUGUGAGACCAUUUUUCACACCAUUUCUUUCUUUGUUGACUCUUGCUGAUUCGGUUUUAGGUAUGCAUUCUAUUAGAGGACCUAGGGUCAUUGAUAUUGGAAAGCGGUUGCUUUCUGUUCGUUCUGACACUUCAAAAGUGUUCACAAAAGUAAAUAAUGGAGACACUACAAUGUGAUCAAUAUCACUUCAACCAUAUUUCAUAGAAUCAUAGAAUUGUAGAUUUGGAAAGGACCACUAGGGUUGUUUAAUCCAAGCCCCAGCAAAGCAGGAAUCUUUCCCCCCAACAUGGUCUUGAACCCACAAUCUUGAGAUUAAGAGCCUCAUGCUCUAUUGACUGAGCUAUCCCUAUUUGUUUAAAUUGAGUAUACAGUGGUACCUCUGGUUACGUACUUAAUUUGUUCCGGGGGUCCGUUCUUAACCUGAAACUGUUCGUAACCUGAAGCACCAGUUUAGCUAAUGGGGCUUCUCAUCCUGAAGCAGAGUUCUUAACCCGAGGUACUAUUUCUGAGUUAGGGGAGUCUGUAACCUGAAGUGUAUGUAACCCAAGGUACCACUGUACUGACUCUUAGAAAUGGCUUCAGGACUCCCGUGAAGGAUGUAUAAAACAUGUUGGAAUACAAAUUCCAACAAUUUCAGGCUCUGUGCAUUAUAUUUCUUGCCCAAAGUAAAAAUGAAAGUUUAGAAAUAUAUAUUCAGAGUCAAAGCCUAAAGGUAGCAAGAGACCCUACGCAAUUCCUCCGAUUUGGGCAUUAAAAUCCCCACACAGUGUAAAUGCUGGGGGGAAUUUAUGAUUGAUCUGUUCCAGUAGGAAUGUUAAAUAUGACCAAAUCAUGGUGGUCAGUGACAGAUUAUUAGUAGGGGGAAAGUAGGUGUUUCUACAGAAGAGUAAGGUUCUUACUUCACUUUUGUUUUGAUGUGGCAAAAUAUAUUUAUAUUUAUUUAUUUAUAUAUUUAUUUAUUUAUAUAUUUUGAAUCCCAAAAUGUGCUCUCCAAACUCUCCCUGUCAAUUCAAGUGACAUAAACGAAGUCAAGCCCCCACUUCUUCAGCCGUUUUAAGAUUUCUGAACAGCUGGCUGGCUGAAAGGUGGCAGCAAGGUGUUUGUGACAAAACUUGAGACCAAGUCUCUUCCAGGCAUAUUGUUAUAGCAAGGAUACCAGAGUCUGUUACUGAUUAGCAGAAAAUAAUAUAGGGUAGUAUGUAGAUAAUAUUUGGAGUAUUGUAGGGAAGAAAAUACAAGCUAAGCUUCUGUUCCAGGCCAAGGCCUCACCUGUGAUGGAGGACGUUACCGUGACAAAAGGUGUUGAUGACCUAUCCCAGAUAAAUCACAGGGCCUGCGCAAAAGAGUUGCCAUGCUUACCGUGGGUUUAGGAUUGAAAAAAGCGGAAGGGGCAGGCUGUGCUCACAAGAAAAGUGUUCCUUUUAAAACUAGGCUUGGAAUAGCAGAUGGAUGGGGAGGAGUUGUUUGGAGCAGGGGUUUCUGGGAACAAGAAAGGGCUGCAGCUGUCAGAGCUGGCUGGGAAGCAGGAACAAAGGGGUGGUGGUGCUUUAGGGUGGCUUUGUCUGCAGUGCUGGGCUGCUGUGAGGAACAAGCUUGAGUUCACAGUGCUGUAAGGUCUGCCCCCCUUUCAUCUAAACUGAAGAGUAAAUAUGUGUAAUUUCUUAAAAGGCACUACCGCCUCUGUCAUGUUGGGGUUCUCAGUGGAAACACGGCCCUGAGUGAGCACCUGUAACCCCUUGGCACCUCAUGUGCUGCUCAGCAGAGAUUGCAGGCAGAGCUCAGCCUUAGUUGAAACCCUCCCAACCUUUUGUGAGGAAAAAUUCCGGGCACACCCCACCCCCUCCCUGCCACUGACCCCUUCCUUGCCCACCUUCUCACCCACUCCUCCCCUCCCCUCUCUUACCUUUGCUGUCUUCAGCCUCCUUAUCUAUCUUAUUAUUCUCAACGUGACAGGUUCCAGGAAAGAAUGUUUCUAGAUGUUUUCUAGUCAGUUGUGAUAUAUUAAAAGGAGAGCUAAAGGUAUCAUAGUUUGCUUUUCUAUACAGUGGUACCUCAGGUUAAGUACUUAAUUCCUUCCGGAGGUCCGUUCUUAACCUGAAACUGUUCUUAACCUGAAGCUCCACUUUAGCUAAUGGGGCCUCCUGCUGCUGCUGCGCCGCCGGAGCACAAUUUCUGUUCUCAUCCUGAAGCAAAGUUCUUAACCUGAAGCACUAUUUCUGGAUUAGCAGAGUCUGUAACCUGAAGCGUAUGUAACCUGAAGUGUGUGUAACCUCAGGUACUACUGUAGUUGCCCCUAGGUCUGGGUGUACUCAAAACACUCUCUUGGAAGUUUCAUACAGAGACAGUGAAAGUCAAAGCACAGAAGACCAUAGGGGCAUUGAUAAAGUUCUGUUACAACAAGGGAGGACAGCUGAUUGGAACCUGCCCUAAAGGUAGAAAAGUGCUUGCUCAAAUGCUCUAUGGUUUUGAAAUCUCAGUCUCUGAUUAAAGUUUUGGAAACUGUGCAGAAUAAUUUUGUUUAGAAGCUUAUGCUCUCUACCAUCAGGAAUAUCAGCAGCUCUUCUUCAUACAGAAUCUGAGUGGCUAACGAUUAAGGCAAGAGCAGACUGCACUUAGUUAAAGUAUAUUUUAACAAUUGCUGCUAUGCAUAUUGAGUGUUGUGCUAUGAGGUGCUAUAUGGAAUUUGGUGAUAACCAACUCUGGAAAACAGUGUGUUGAGAUGUUUUAGACUAUUUAUAUAGAGAUCCCAGAGAUCACUUUCUGAAAUCUGUUCACACAAGCAAGCAGGUACACCCUGGCAGAAACAGUGCAGUUUCUUUUGAGUUUCAAUAAUAACUUUGUCACAUUCAGAGUGGCCUUCUAUGCACUGGCUGAAAAAAGAAGAAAGAAGGAGGGAAAGGGAAAAGAAAAAGAAUCAGGAAAAAAAGUUAGCUAAAAUAUCUAUAAAUUGCUGUGAUGAUUCGGAGGUUUAAUUUGCAACCAUACAUCCAAAAUAUGAGCCAACAUCCAUGUAUGAUCCAUGUUUUUGUGGCAAUAUUGCUCUGGGUUCCUCAUGACCUUUGGCGAGAAUAAUAAGCUCAUAUUGAAUUGAACUGAGUGCUUUGCAUUGGCUGGAAUGUGUCCUUGAAAGCUGAUAAUGAUUCUUGUUUCCCUACUUGAGCCGCCAGAAGAAGAGAAAGCGCUUGCAGUUACUGCCUCAUCUGCAGAGUUCUGCUGCUCAGAACGGUUGCAGUUGGGUUUGUCAGUGGUGUGGCAUCGGGUACCUGGUGUAGGAUUAAAAUCAGAUUUCUCCAGGCUUCUUCCAACUUUUUUGUUUUUCCUGGCCCUACUCUGGGACUUAUCCUUCUUGCUCUCACCACCAGAACCUCUUUCUUCCUGUCUUACCAGGAGGUUGUGAGGGCUGCUGAAGAUGUCAAAUAGUCUGGAUGCUGAAGAGAAACCUCCAGCCCCUCCACUGAGAAUGAACAGCAACAACCGCGAUUCUUCAGCAGUGAACCACGGCUCCAAACCUCUCCCCAUGGCUCCAGAAGAGAAGAACAAGAAAGCUCGGCUCCGUUCCAUCUUUCCAGGAGGGGACAAAAGUAAUGUAUCAGCAAUGCAAAGGGCUUCCAGCCCUCUCCUAUUCUGUUGGUUUCAUGUCUGCUUUUCUUGAUUGUUCAGCUACAUUGCUUCUUAAUAAAAAGGGCAAUUAAAAUUGCCAGAGACUUAUGGGUCUCUAAUGCCAUUGUUUGGAAAGAGGUGCUGUUUAAUUUUUGCUGGAAUUGUUUGGUGCAUGCAAAUUUAGAGUUAGAAGAAGGGGUCUGGGUUUCUUGGAACUGAGCACAUAGGGAGCUGAUGGCUCAUAGUAACUAUCUUUGCAGUGAAAUCCUUUUUGCCAUCAGAAAAUAGGGUGUUGGCUAUGGUGGGAUAUAGGAAAGCCCAGGCUAGAUCACAGUAUUGUAGAUUUGGAAGAAACCAAGGGGUCACCUAGCUCAACCCGCUGCAAUGCAAGGCGAGGGUUUUCUCAGUUGUUGUAUUCAACUAUUGGAAUCUGCUCUUCUCUGAAGUGCAACAGGCACAAACCUUAAUUAUGUUUUGAUGCCUGUCUUAAUACCUAUCUUUUUCAUCAAGCAUUUGUUGAUUGAUAGCUUUUAGUAAUAUCUUGGCUAUGCUUUUCCUCCGUGGUUUGUUGUAUUGUACUGAUGUUUUGAGUUACUGUUGUUUUAAUUAAUUUAUUGGUUUAAUUAUUAUUUAUACCCACCUUUCCUCCAUGGAGCUCAAGGAGGCCCUCAUGGCUUCUCCCCUACCUUCUUCACCCCCACAACAACCCUGUGGGACAGGCGUGUUGGUCUUUUUAUGCUUGUAAUGUUUGCUCUUUAGGGGAAGUGCCUCUACUGCAGCGGUUCUCAACCUGUGGGUCCCCAGAUGUUGUUGGACUACAACUCCCAUCAUCCCUGGGCUCUAGCCUUGCCAGCUAGGGGUGAUGGGAGUUGUAGUUCAACAACAUCUGGGACCCACAGGUUGAGAAAGGCUGUUCUACAGGGUUUCCUAUUGUCUGGAAUCUUUUUAGCUGAAAAUUCUGGCAUUUGAACAUGGAACCUUCUGUAUGCAAAGUAUAUGUUUUUCUACUGAGUCUUUCUUCAUGAGUUUGGCUCCCUCUACAGUCUCUCCUCAUAAGUUUGGCUCCCUCUCCAUAGUUUGAUGAAGGAAGGACACUUGCAGGAUGAGGCCUCUAUUCCCUUCACAGGCCUACAGUUCUUAGAUUUCCUGAGGAAGCUGGGUUGAUUGUUAAACCAUUUUGGGAACUGUAGCUCUGUAAGUGGUCUUCUAAUGACCCUCAGCAGUUUAACAAACUACAGUUCUCAGGAUUCUUUGGGGAAGCAAUGGCUGUUGAAUGUGGGGUGAUACUGCUUUAAAGUGUAGAGCAGAGAGAGCCUCAAUUGAGAAGAGGUGUGUGCCGGUUUCCCUUACUGAAGCAUGAGCACUUAAUUGAUAUUUAAAGGGAAGCAGUGGCCAGUUCCCUUUCCUAGUAUGCCCCGCGGACGACCUUAAGGUCCACAAAUGACAACAUUUUGGAGGUCCCAGGUUGCAAAGUGGUUAGAUUGGUCUCAACAAGGGCCAGGGCCUUUUCAGUACUGGCCCGGACUUGGUAGAACGCUCUGUCACAAGAGACUAGUGCCCUGCAGGACUUGACAUCUUUCCGCAGGGCCUACAAGACAGGGCUGUUCUGCCUAGCCUUUGGUUUGGACUCAGUCUGACCCUUAUGUUUCCCUCCCCUUAUGGUCUUGAUUUAUCGGCUACUUUUAAAAUGAGGCUGCAUUUUAAAUUGCAUUUUAACCUGUAUUUUAAAUUGCCCCCCCCCCCCAAUUAUGUUUUUACUGUGAUUUUAUUGGUGUUAGCCGCACUGAGCCCGGGGAGGGCGGGGUAUAAAUAAAAUUUAUUAUUGUUAUUAUUGUUAUUAUUAUUAUUAUAUUUUGUAACAACAUUUCACCACCCAUUUAUAUAGAUUUGACUGUUCUUUUAAACUUUACUCGAUGACCCUUUAAACCUACUGUAUUUUUCGCUCCAUAAGACACACUUUUUCCCUCCUAAAAAGUAAGGGGAAAUGUGUGUGCGUCUUAUGGAGCAAAUGCAGGCGGGAGGCUCUGCUCAGCGCUCCCUUUAAAGAGCUGCGUGGAGCGUGUGUGUGGCUUUUGGGGGCUUUUCCCCAAGGAGGGAGAAGGGCAGCCCGUCACUGAUGGGCUGCCCUUCUCCCUCCUCAGGAAAAACCCCCAAGAGCCGCACACACGCUCCAUGCGGCUCUUUAAAGUGAGCAUGGCUCUUGGGGGCUUUUCUGGUAGUGGGGGAAGGGACCGACAGGCUGCCCUCUGUCCCUUCCCCCAGCUCCCGGAAAAGCCAGCAAGAGCCACACGCUCUUUAAAGAUCCGAGCCUAGUGCGUGUGCAGCUCUUGGGGGCUUUUCCCUGAGGAGAGAGAAGGGACUGAUGGGCUGCCCUUCUCCCUCCUCGGGGAAAAGCCAGCAAGGGACAGAGGGCAGAGGGCAGCCCGUCAGUCCCUUCUCCCACCUCGUGGAAAAGCCCCCAAAAGCCGUACACAUGCUACACACGGCUCUUUAAAGGGAGCGCUGAGCACAGCCUCCCACCUGCGUUCGCAUCUGGGAUGCAUACAGGCUCUGCUCAGCGCUCCCUUUAAAGAGCCACGUGGAGCGUGUGUGCGGCUCUUGGGGGCUUUUCCACGAGGUGGGAGAAGGGACUGAUGAGCUGCCCACUGUCCCUUCCCACACCUGCCAGAAAAGCCAGCAAGAGCCGCUGCCAGGCUCUGCUCAGCGCUCCCUUGUAAGGGCUCCCGCUUUGCUGGGAAGCCAGCAGAAGAGGCGCUGCGCAGCUAUCGCUCUUCCUCUGCUGGCUUCAGCGAGAGCUGCACAGCUUGUUCUGAUGGCUUCUCAGCGAAGCGGGAGGAGGGACGGAAGGGUUUAAAGCAAAAAAAGUGAGAGCCGCUUAUAUGCUCUGCGCAGAAUAUUUUUUUUCUUGCUUUCUCCCUCUAAAAACUAGGUGCGUCUUAUGGUCAGGUGUGUCUUAUGGAGCGAAAAAUACGGUACUUUCUGCCACAAUGGUGAGAGUGUAAUGAGAGGCCAAGACCGUUUUCUUAUCUGCUGUUCAGAGUGAUGCAAACUGAAAAGAUAGGACAACUUGUUGCAGGCCAUCUCUUAGCUGAAAAUUAAAGUGUGAACACAUUAUAGAUCUUAAAAAGGGCUGGGAGACUGGAGAGAAGCGUGGGGUCUGGAAGGAGUUGCUCUCGCAUGCUGAGAUGGUAUAUUGUUGCUGGCUCUAACAACUGCUGCAGGAAAACCAUUUAUCAAUUAAUAUAAGUGUGAAGGUUGGAAUCCUGGGCAGAAAUUGUAGCCAGAUCAUUGUUUAGUAAGGGUUUAGCAAUUAAAUUAAUAAGGAUGAAUGUAACAUUUGGGAUUAGUUCAUGCACAGUGUUUUUGAUUACAUGUGAGCAUUCCAGAUUGCUCCUGGAGACAUUUGUAUCUGCCGUACACAGAUUCAAACCGUCAGGCCAUUUAUUCUUGGAUAUUGUCUGUUCUGAUUGGCAGCAAUACGCCAGGAACUUAGGUGGGUGGUAUCACCCUCCCAGGUGAGAAGAGGGGUGACCUGGAUGUCUCUGUGUAUAAAUGACUAUCAUACUUUGAAAAGCUGGUAUCCUUGGAUAAAACUCAGUUUUGUUGAGUUAAUUCAACUAAGUAGUUUUCAUUGGAUUUUGAAUAAAUGUGCAAUUAAUUGUUACUGUUUUGAAUGUUACUGGGUUAUUAUCUUCUUUAAUGGGUUGUGCAAACUGCUAUUAUGAAUAUUGCUUUUUAUAAGGUAGGGCUGGGGUCACUGGGGAUGAGUUUAUGGAACCAAAGUGAGGGGCUGAAAAGGUUUGGGAACUACAGUCCUUCAUGAAGCAUAACUAAGUCUGGAUCCAGCCCUGAGGAAGCUGCCUUAAACAGAGUCCACUUAGCUUGGUCUUGUUGACAAUGGCUAUUGGUUGCAGCUCUUCAGAUUUUCACAGGAAUCUAUUCCAACCCUACCUGGAGUUGUUAGGGAUUGAAUCUGGUACCUUUUGCACAUGAAUCCUUGGGUUCUGCCACUGAGUUGUUUCCCAUCGUCCAGUAGUUUUUUUUUAAUGAACAUCACAACAGUUAAGGAGAAAGAGCUGUAGCUCAGCUGUAGAGCUGCUUUAUAUGAAAAAGAUCAAUCCUUGGUAUUUCCAGGUAAGGCUGGGAAGGAUUCCUGUCUGAAAUGUUGGAGAGUAGCUGCCAUUCAGCAUUAGCAGCCCAGGAUUAGGUGGACCAAUGGUCUGAUUCUGUACAGGCAACUCCCCAUUUACAUACAUUCAUACGCACAUUACUCCAAACCUGGCAGUGACCCAAAAAUGUCACAAAAAGGGGUGGAAUGGGGUGGGGGUGGGGUGGAACAGGGUGUUUACAGGCUUUCUCGAUGAUGUUUCAAAUACAGUGGUGCCCCGCAAGACGAAUGCCUCGCAAGACAGAAAAACCGCUAGACGAAAGGGUUUUCCGUUUUGGAGUUGCUUCGCAGGACGAAUUCCCCUAUGGGCUUGCUUCGCAAGACGAAAAUGUCUUGCGAGUCUUGAGAUUUUUUUUCCGCUUCCCCCCCCCUUUAUCUAAUCUGCUAAGCCUUUAAUAGCCUUUAAUAGCCUUUUAGCAGCUAAUCCCCUAAGCCUUUAAGCCUUUAAUAGCCGCUAAACCGCUAAUAGCGCUAAUCCAUUAAGCCGCUAAUAGGGUUGCUUCGCAAGACGAAAAAACCGCUAGACGAAGACUCUCGCGGAACGGAUUAAUUUCGUCUUGCGAGGCACCACUGUAUAUGUGAUUUCACUUAAAUGCACAGUGCCUUCAAAGGUAACCACUGCAUAAAUUGGGAGUUGUCUGCAUAAGGCAUGAGUGGUAUCCAACUAAGUUCUACUUAGAAUAGACCCAUUGAAAUUAAUGGACCUAAGUUAGCCAUGUUGGUUAAUUUCAUGGUUCUCUUCUGAGCAAGACUAUCAUUGGAUACAUUUCCAUGCCUUUGUGUUUACUUUCUUCUACCUGAAGGAAUUAGAUGCUGCAAGGCUGCCUAGGGAGGGCUUUUGAGGAGUAGGUACAUCUCUACUUCUUUAAAGGUGGUGGGUUCCACCCUGUUGUAUAAAGGUAUAUUAACCAUUCUCUGCAUCACCCUGAUUGCAUGAGGGCUUUGUCUGAAGUCCUUAACAAUUGUGCCUCAGUGAAGUCUACAUUUCAUUCACUCUUUUAUGCAACAAAAAGGCUGCAAAGGAAUUAAAGAGAUGUCUGUCAAUACAAGCUUUAGUCAAUUGUUCAACUAAGCUAUUGGUUAAAUUUGCUUAUUGGCAAAACCGAUAUUUCUUUGUAUCAUAUUGCCUAACAACUUGAUCCACUAAAUGCAGAGAUGGGGAACCUAUGCACACCCCCACACACCAAUGUUGUUGGACUCCAGUUCCCAUCAGCCACUGUGAAACAGGAAGGUGGUGGAAGGUGAAGUUCAAUGACACCUGGAAGGUCAUGGGUUUUCUAGUCCUGAACUGAUGCACAGGACUAUUUCCAGUUUGUCAUGGAUUGGCUAGACACAGAGGGAGGCACCAGGGGGGAAGCCGACAGGGAAACCCCCAAGGAUAGAAAGCUCAGAGCCCAGAGGUUGGUGGUGGGAUGAUGAUGAAGAAGGGUCAGAGGGAGAAGUUUGAGAGGUGUUGGAAGUUGAAGAGGUAACAGGGUUUAGAGAGCAGGAAGAGCCUGUGGCAGAGAGAAGUCCAGAAUCAGAAGCAAAGGUGGAAGCAGGAGCAGAGGGAGGCCAAGAGCCAGGGAUGAGUUAGGCUGGUGAAGAAGCCAGGGUGUCUCCCCCUUCUUGUCUCCCAGGACCAGAGGAGGUAUGAAGCAGGAAGAGCAGUGAGAGGUGCACAGGUGCUUUGGAAGGACCCGGGGGAGGAGAUUUAGGCAGCUGUGGAAAAGGUGGGGACCUUCAGCCUCCACAACUGCCACAUAGGGGCAAGUUUUACCAAGAGGAAUUGCUGUGCUCAUUAGACCUGGCACUCUUGAGCUGACCUUGUUUCUUCUAAUAAAGAGUUAACUUUGCUUACUUCGUGUGAUAUAUUCCUGACAAUCGUCCCUGACAACCCCAUGGAGGCUGUUCAUACCUUUUGGGUUUAAAUGAUACAUUAUCAAGUAAUGCACAUGCCCUUAGCUUACAGGAGCAGUGUUCUGUAAAGUUGCAUUUUUGUGGACAUUUACCAAAGCAAGCCCCCUAGGACUUAAUUAUGGACAAACAUGAAUAGGAUUGCACUGUUAUGGUGCUGUUUCAUUAUCCAGCCUGGAUUUUGCAGUCAAGGGUCCUUCUGGAUUAAAUUCUAUCCUCCUACUUUCCAUAUCUUGCUUUGAAUAAGCCUGACUGUAAAAUGCAUAAAAAAUAAUUAUGCAGGAAAAUAAGUGCUUGUUAACAUUUUACUUCUAGCCAAUAAGAAGAAGGAGAAAGAACGUCCUGAAAUCUCUCUCCCUUCAGACUUCGAGCACACGAUCCAUGUGGGGUUUGAUGCAGUCACUGGGGAAUUCACAGUAAGUCAUCUUUUUGUCCUCUGUUUGCUUCAUUGCAAACUUCCUUGGCUAAAUUGGCUUUCUUUGCAGCCAUUUGUUCUGUGCAGACCUCACUUGCGUGCAGAGUGAACAUUUGUACGGGAGGUGGUGGAAUCACACCUGCCAACCUUGCAAGGGUUGCUGAUCACACUCACAGAGCUCACACACAUCUUACUUUGGAUGCAAAUGAGCUCUAGUGAUGGGAAACCUACAACCCUCCAAAUGUUGCUGGGCUUCAACUCUCAUGAUCCAUGACCAUUGGUUAUGCUUUGUUGGGCCUGUUGAGAAUUGGGAGCCCCAGCAGCAUCCAGAGGGCCACAGGUUCCCCACCUGCUCUAUGCUGACAUUAUGCUAGAUGCAGACAGAAAUUGGGGGGCUGCCAAGCACGAUCCCCCUCCCCUCCUGUGCACAUUUGCUGUACACGCAAGUAAUGUCUGCUUAGGCUAUCCCCUUGCCCACACAGGAGGAAGGUAGCUAGAUUUCCUUGCGUGACACUUGUGUACUUUUGAGUAUUCUACUGGAAACAAUUGUUGCUUAAUUCUCCCCACUCCAUGGGUUGCUUGUUAUAGACUGCAAACUAUGGAAACUCUGGGGAAAGAGCUGAAGAUGCUCUAUGGAUAUAUUCUGUAGGAUAGUUUUAUUUAUUUAGAAGAUUUAUAAACCAGUUGAUCAAGGAGCUCUCCAAGUGGGCUAUAAAUGCAGUUGUGCAAAUAAAACACAGCUAAAACCCAGAAACCAAUUUUCACAACACAUAUAGGUAACUAAGUUAUAUAACUGGGUUGGCUUGUAGAAACAAAGCUUUUCAGCAGGUGUCCCUAAUGAGGGCACCAGCCCAAUGUCAGUGGGCAAGGAGUUCCAUAGCACUUUAGGAAUAAAUAACUACUCUUUUAAACACAGACCUGUGAUCUCAACAGACAGCCUCUAGGUUUUAUCCAACUCUCUUAUGAGCUGGUAUAGAAACCACAUAUUUCAUGCAGACUAGCACCCUGGUUAACAUUUUGCCACCUAACUGUGGCAUAUGACAUAGAUCGCCAAUUUAAAAAUGCUGGCCAAACAUGGUGCAGGUAGAGAAGAGCUUGUGGCAUUUCUGGACAUGAGCAGAAAGGCCUAUAGACCUCUGUAUGGCACUGAGCCAGGCUUACACCUAUGCCUUCCCCUUCUAUGCUGCACUGCGGCAUGUUCUCCCGGUAAUUGCCUUCCAGGUGUUCUGAUAAACAAGAUGUGAGCUUAAAAACUCAUAUAUGGAGCUAGAAGAGGAUUUGGUGCCAUCACAAUCCUCUCCUUAUAAUGGCUCUCCAGAGUAGGAUUAUUUCCCCUUUCCCCACAUGCUUCCCUUACCUCUUAAGUAUGCCUUCCCUUGCUGUCCGCUAAUCAAUCAUUCUUCCCCACAGAAGGAAAGAAUUCUGCUAACACUCAAAAUAGCAUUGUGGGAUUGUUUAAAUCAUGGGCUGGGAUAGUGGGCUGCAGUUGUACCCAUUGAUUCUCUGGCUUUUCGCCCUUCGCCUAAAGCACUUGAGAAGGACACGGGAGCCCAGAGAUCGUUUAAUUGUAGCUGGGAUGGAGCUUCACUUCAUUCUUGCACAUUUCUCGAACAUCCCAAGAAAGAUACUUGAUAAGGAUUUAAUGACGAGUGCUUGAGGAAUUUGAUUUCUGUGAAUUCCGAUGUGAGCUGACUUCAUCCUCAUCAAAAGGAUUGAUGUGUAGAUUACAACUACUUAAACUUCUGGUUUUGCACUUUUCCAAAAUCUGUGACAUAGUUUUUCCAUCAGAAAGCAAACCAACAAGCAAAACAAAACACGUUACAAAGGUGAAUUUUAGCACAAAAUUUGUUCAGAGAUACAUAUAUUGAUGCAAAAUACAUAUUUUGUAAUAAUAUAUAUUUUAUGUUGAAUAUUUGUGUCUUUUUUUAAAAAAAAUCACAGAUUAAUGAAUAAGCAGGGCGGAGAUGGGUUAUGAAUAAACAUGUGUGAAAUUGAUAUGGGACAGAAAUAGAUUGAUCCAGCCAUCCCUAGAUUUAAUGCCUGAUCUUUGUAGAUGACCAACCCCCUCCUCCCAUAUAAUAAAUCCCCCCCCAUAUAAUUAAUCUAUCUUUCAAGAGAUUUUAAUAAACCACACUUCAGAUGUGUUUCAAGAGUCACUGGAUUUGGGAAAUACCCAUUUUAUCCAUGUCAAAAUCAAUCAAUUUUAGUGAUUGAAAAUAUUCUUUGUGAGUAGGUAUUCUAGAAACAUGAGGAGUUGCAAUGCUUUCUUCAGCUACUUAUCCUCAUAACUGAGUGAUUAUUCUCUUCCUUCAGGCAUUUAUUUUCUUUCUCACUUGACUAGGAGAAAUGAAACUAUUAGUUUCUGAUGCCCUAAAGCAACCUUCCCUAACUUGAGAUGUUUUGGACCACAGCUCCCAUCAGCCCCGGCCAAUAUGGCUGUGCUGGUUGGGCCUGAUGGGAGAUGUAGUCUAAAACCUUGGAAGGCACCAGGUUGGGCAAGGCUGCAUUAAGGGAUAUAGAUCUCAGACCCUAACAUAUAAAUCGUAAGUAUGAUAUUGGGGAACACAUUUCCUUGUGGCUUGAUUCCAUGGUGUUAUGGUUAACAUUUAGAUGAAGAAAUCAAGUAGGGUAGAUGAAUCACAUGGAAAGGAACAGAGUCAGCAUUGCCAGCCCCCAGGGUGGUCUUCUACUUUUAUGGAUUGUUCCCCAUGUGCUUUUCCAUCCCAUGAUUCUUCAGUCUGAAUUUUACCAGAGUGACAGUGUGGUAUCCAGCAACAAGAGUAGCUUUCAUGAUACAGCAUUAAUGCAUUAAAUUGUGUCUGUUUUAGUUCCCUGCUCUUUCUUGUAAGAUUCCCUGAAAUUUAGAUUUAUUUUAACAGAGAGAGAGAGAGAGAGAGAGAGAGAGGAAGAGGUUGAGGUUUUUGAUACAAAAUUGUUUAUCGAGGGUAGUAGCCCUCAGGAGUCAUAGUUGCUGCACCUGACUGUUAACACCAACUUAUGGUGAUCAUCAAGCUAGUUCAUCUUGGUGAUCAGUUUGCACAGCAAGGGAACAUAAGUAUCCUUGGAAUCGCAUGGGAAUUUCUGUUUCCUGAAGAACCAGAUCUUCUUAGCUCCAUAACCACAGCUGGUUCAGUUAAUUAGCUAUGGGUCUGUGACAUCUUGAGCUUUUUCUUAUUUCCUUUAUAUGUUGGUAAGUAUAUUGUGACAAGGGUUCUGCCACAUCACCAAGCCUCUUAACAAAAGUAUUUCCACAGUGUUCACAUUUUUUUCUCUAUCUCUCAAAAGUUUGGAAGUGUCAGGGGAUUGUUCAAAACCUGCACAAAUGUUCCUUCUUCAUUUUAGAGGAUUGCAGUAGCUGCCGUGCCUGAUCUGUUGGUUAUGUGCCAUGCGCAAUGUGCAGCGUGCACAGUUUUACUCCAACACAUAAUGCCAGCCAGUGUUCUGGAUGGAUUCCCUGUUACUCAUUGCUGCAUCCAAAAUCACAGCUGGGGAUACCUGCUGCAUGGGCUUUGAAGUCUGGCUUUCAGUCAUUAGCAUCCAAUGACAUGAUGCUGAUUGUCACAAAUGCAUGUCCGAAUUCCCAUUUUGUUUCGCUUGGAGCCACCACAAGUAGCAGAAAUUGGGACACAGAGCACUAAAUUCAAUGACUGAAAAUGAUUAGGCAAAAGAAGCAUGCUUCUGAGGCCUAUAGAUAGUUUGGUGGAAAAGUUGGUGCACUAAUAAGGUGGGGAAAUUUUGUUUUCCACUAUUUUUGAAUGAGAAUUCUGCAAAGCAUGCCUUUUAAUGAGACAGAUCUGCAUUCCCCAUCUAGAAAGAAAACUGGCUGCAACUCAAACUCAUAAAGGUUCCCAUUUCAAAACAAAAGGAAAUGAUGGAUUUAGGUUGUAUAAAGUCAAGUGGCAUAUAUAUAUAUAAGUGGCAUAUAUGUAUGUUGCCAAGAGUUUUCUCUCUGGCAUUAUGUUUGGCAUAAUUUGGUUUGACCCUGUUUGCAGACUCCAAAAACAAAACAAAAAACAAAAAUCCAGAAUUGGUUGAUUUUUCCAUUUGCAGCAUUUGUGUCCAUUCGUACCCUGGCUAUUUUUGAAAAACAGUUUUUAAUAAUUCCUAAAGUCAGAUGAGUCCUGAACAACUUUAGGCUGAAAUUCUAAUGCUGCUUGCCUGGGAGUAAGCCCCACUGAAUUCAGUAAGACUUAUUUCUGAGUAGACAUGGUUAGGAUUGCACUGUCAAUGGGAUGUAAACCCCACUGGACUUGCUGACCCUUACUUUUAAACAAGCUUGCAUGGGAUUGCAUUGUAAAUGUUACAUGGAGACCUUUCAGAAUUACCAAGGUGGGUUUAAGCAUGAAAGAAUUCUUAGAAGAAGGCUCUUUGUACCCGCCACAACUGUUUUAAUACUGAAUAUUUGAUCCAGUCACUUGGCAGUAUGAUUUUUCCAGUGAGCAAGCAAACAUGCCACAACCUGGUUAAAAUGGGGAAUUGUUGCUUCCAAACUUUGGACUUAAUUGUGAUUUAUUUCCUCCUCCCCUUCUGUUUUUCAUAGUCUGUCUUCCUGUAGCCUGUCAAUGACUACUACUUGGUUUGCUACUUCCCUCGUUUUAGACUGGGUUACCCUCACACACACAACCUUGACCUUCCUUGCCCCAUUCCGACCCAUUGGAUUUCACCUCUUUCCCACCGUCUGAGUUGUCCCACAUUCUGUUUUAACUUUCUUUUCUUUCUUUAUUUACGUCCAUUGCAGCCAGAUCUCUAUGGCUCACAGAUGUGCACAGGGAAGUUUCCAGAGGUGCGUCACAGGCCCAAAAGAAGCUUGCAUCCAAGUGCUUCUUUGAGAUGUCAUAGCACUGCAGCGGCAGGUUCCGUGUGUGUGCAGUAGAUUUCGUUGCUUGGCUUAUUCCAACUUUUUCAUCGUUAACCCCAAACUCCAAAGGCCCAUGUCACAUCUCAUUUUUGCAGAGAACCUCGUAGGAGGAAGGGGGGAAAACCCCAGUUUUGUUAGAAUGUUAGCUGUAAGCUGGGGUGGCAAAAUAAAGGGAUGCUUUGAUGCACUUCAAGUGAGUUACUGCUUCAAUGUUAAUUGUGCUGCUAAGGGGUGGGGGAGACGGUCGCUCCUUGAAUUUAGGAAAUUAUACUGGAUGUUCCAAGACAACUUUCUCGGAAAUCAAAAUACCUCAAUACAAACUUAUAAGAUUUGUACUUUGGUGGAUGCAGCCACUGCUCCUAAUUCCUAAUGAUAAUAAUAAUAAAAAUAACAUUACACAGUAGAGGGAAGGAGUGGGGAAAGAGGGUGCAUUUUAAGUCCCAGCUACCUUAUAUAACUUAGCACCACCAUUUUGAUUCCAAAUUGCAGCUCCUCCUUUGAAGUAGGGAAAAUGUCCUUGAGUGGGCAGUUAAGGCGUCAGGAGGUAGCCUUGGUCUCGGUAGCGUCUGCUUUUAUUGUCUGAGUAGAAAGCAUUUAUCUUGUUAUGCAUGAGCUAUCCAGUGUAAAUUUCCUAAAGCACCCGGUGUUGUCCUCCAGUGUAGAGUAGUGUUUUGUUUUCUGUCCUGAAGCGCCAGGGAAAUGAGAUAAGCUUUGCCGCCAUUGGUCCAUGGAUCAGCAAGAGUUGAAUUAACGAUGAGCUUCAUGCACCUUUUUUUCCUGUCACAGUCAUAACUUUUUGGUUUUUUUUUUAAGUUGGAUCCAGGUUUUAGCUCUUUGUUUUAAUAGAGGAUGAGAGAAUGAUUGCACCUGCUGUAAAGUGUCUAGCUUUUUAAACUCUUGGGCAUCAAUCAAAGGCUCCAAAUGUAAUAUUACAGGUAGCGUGGGAUUCUUGGUAAGGAACUGUGCUGGCAGAAUAUAAACGCUGAUGAAAUGCCCUGAAUCGUCAUCCUUUCCACUUGCUCUUCACAGGGGAUUCCGGAGCAGUGGGCUAGGCUGCUGCAGACCUCCAAUAUAACAAAACUGGAACAGAAGAAGAACCCUCAAGCUGUUCUGGAUGUCCUCAAAUUCUAUGAUUCCAAAGAGACAGUAAACAACCAGAAAUAUAUGAGCUUUACAUCCGGAGGUAAGGAGCCAAUGAUGGCGGAGAAGACACCAUCAGAACAUAAAAAAUAAGAAGUUUAAAAAUAAAAAAGACUAGAUAAGGGAAGAAUGACCCACAGGCCUUAUAUGGAUAUAAAUCACAGCUAUGCUAUUUUUCUUGUGUGAGACUCAGGCUUAUGUGCUUCCUCCUUCCCAUUCCUCUUGGACUUUCCAUUCAGUUUCCCAUUAACCUCAUUAGUGUUGUGCCUGAAUUGUAAACCAUGGUUAAACUUGAGUAUGGUUUAUUAAAACAAGCUAGCUUCAUAAACUACAGUUUGUUUUCGGUUUGUUUCAGUAAACCGUAGUUAGUUAAGACAGACCACAGUUUGUCUUAAGUUCAAAGAAUAUGCUAAAUUGUGUUCCCAGUUCUCUAGAUGAGGUUCUAGAUGGCAUAGAAUCUUCUAAGCACAGCAGCCCAAAUUCACUUAGAAGGUCUCUUCAGAUCAGUUUGGGAAGGUUGGUGUGGCACACACAGGACAAGGACAUAGGAGGGGGAUAGUGUGUAUGCCCUCGUGGUAGGUGAAGAGUGCCUCAGGGAAAGCAUGGAAAGAGGGAGCACAAUCAAACUGUACUUGAGAUGACCAUUGGUGAUGGGGGGGGGGACUCAGAGACACACAACAGGACGAAACAGGAGAGAAAGGGGGAGAAGAGCUGGAGAGGGGGGGGAGCAAAAGUGGGCUGCAAAAAGGGAGCAAGGUGUUAACAGCUUAGAGGGGCAGUGAACCAAGAGGGAAGACAGUGUAGAAAGACAGUACAGCACAGCACAGCACAUGGCUCCACCUGGUUGCCUUGAGGGAUUUUGGCCCAGGGAGCUGAGUGCGCCACUAGAGAAGUCUUAAUACAGUUUUGAAGCCUAACUCCAAGACAGAACCCUAGGGUGUAUCCCAGGGAUCACCAGUGUAGCACUUGUGGAUGCAGUGGUGCCUUUGAGGUCUUCUUUCGCUGCCCACAAAGCCUCUGAGCACACAUACUGCCCCCUUGGUCCUGAAAAGGUGAUAAUGGUUGCAUUUUUCUCCUCCAGAAAGUACAUAGAGCUGAAGCAGGAAGUUGGAAGCAUGACACUCUUUUGCACUUCCUUUUUCAGCUCUCUGUGCUUUUCAAGGCUAGAAUUUAUUCUACAGGCAAUUGCUUUCCCCCAGAUCCUUUGGAAAAGUGAAGCCUGUGUUCUGCCUGCUUUUUCAUGAUCUGGGAGAGGGAAGUGACAUGGGAUGGUGAUGUCCUUGGGUCUCAAAAGAUUGUUGACUCCUGCUGUACACCCUUCUUCUUACUUCCUUUUGGAAGAACCCCACUGAGGCUCACUGCUAUGCCUAACCUCUAAGAACACUUAAUAAUAAUUUUCGGGGGGGGGGGAUAUAAUUAUAUUGAGGCUUUUUCAUAAUACAACACAAUAAAAAACAAACUAAUCUAGAUGAAAAUAAAAACAGAAAGCGAAAGAGAAAAUGCGAAGCCCUCCCUCAAACAUAGAUCUUAACCCUUGCUCCACACAGAAAGGGGUGGGCCCACCCAGCUCUCACCUGAGAGCUUCCCUUUCUUCUCCCAGCCUUCCACCCUGGGAAAUCUUCCCUUCCUAGCCUUUCACACAGGAUCUUUCACCAACCAUCAGUCACCUUCAUGUGUAUACCAUCCCCUCAUUGACCCAGAGUAGACAACACAUGCACACACAAAACAGAAGCAAGAGCAAAACAAAAAAAGGGGUGGUUAUGCAGAAGAGAUCGCAACAGGCUUUUGAUUUCCUUUUCCUUUUUAAAACUAAACAGCAGCAUGGGAGGUCGUGAUUGGAAGCAAAUGAGUAGUAUAGGGGAGGGUUUGACCCUGUCCAACAUUGCCACACAUGUGUCAUCUCCUAACUGCCCUGUAGCCAUUUAGGCUCAAUGAAGCUAUUGAGAACUUUUGUUGUUGCACGUUUCAGAUAAAAGUGCCCAUGGAUAUAUCGCAGCCCAUCCUUCGGUGAGUAUAAGAACCUGCUGUUGAAUGUGAACUAAUUCCAUUUGGGGGGGGGGGAAUAGUGUCUCUGCUGAGAUUUUUGGCUUGAUGUGAUUUGCAGCUGGCUCUGAAUACCAGUUUCUGGGAAUCAAAAAUAUAGGGGAGUGCCGUUGUGCUCAUGUCCCGCUUACAGGUUUUCCAUAGAGGCCUCUGGCUGGCCACUGCAAGAACAGGAUGUUGGAAUAGAUGGUCCCCAUUUGGACUAAUUCAGCAGUCAGGCUUUUCUUACGUCUUUUUGCUUAUAGGAAUGCUUGAAAUAGCAGUGUGUAUUUAAUGAAAAUUGAAUCACAGCAAAACCCCCAAAAGUACAAUUAAAGCAAUCCCUAUCAAUACUGAGUUCUCAGUAUGAAUGUCUUAUUUUCCGUUCUGAAUAGUUGAAGUAGGACUUUCCUUUCCUCUUCUUAUUCUUUUUAAUGCUGAGAUACGUAAUAUUAUGGACUCAAUUACACAACAGAGGCCAUGCAAUGGGCAGUCGAGAAAUAGUAUGGAAAUGCUGGUAGAAGAGUAGAGACCCUUUUCGGAUUAUCUGAGAAAACAGUAUAGCCGAAUGAAAUCGUAGGCAGAACUUGAAAUAUAAGCAAAGGAAUGAGAAUGAUAAAGGAAUGUAAUGUACAAUAUAUCUUUUAGGAAAAAAAGUAUUGCAUUUAAAGCAGUAAAUAAAAGAUUUAAACAGAAGCAUCAUGGAAGUAAGGAUGGGAAGUCAAGAUGCUAAGGAAUAUUGUAUUGAAACUGAAUUAAAUUUCUUAAAUUGUAUGAAAAUCAAUAAGAGACAAUUUAAAAAGAGAGAAAUAGUGUUCAUUGCAUGGUCUCUAUGAGAACAAGUGGCUGGCCAAAAUGACUUCCCUGUAAUGAAUUCUGCAAGCAUCUCAUGAAAUGAGAAUUCCUUUUUCCCUUUGCCAUUGUUUUGCUUUCUUUAAAUAAGUGUGCCAUCUUUGACUGUAAAGGGAAAAUGACAGUGAUGAAGCCAUAAAGAACUCAAAUGGCUUCUUGAGCAGGCCUGUUUUUGCAGAUGUGGCUCUACCAGGAGAAUUUUAAAGCUCUGUCAGAAUGCUCUAAAUGAGAUCAUGGGCAGGCAGAAGUGGCUUCCCAGGUGGCGUGGAGUCACUGGGUAGCUUCCCGGCAGGUGAGUUGUUGUUGCUUACCAACAGGGAGAGAGGCGAGGUGGUGGUGAAGUUGGUGUGGUACAAAGACACCAAUGGAGCCAAUACAGCACUCCACCCUGGUACGUAAUAACAACCCACUUGGGAAACUAAGCGUUGCAGUUCUUCCACACCCAGCAAGCCACUUCUGCUCAUGGGACAAAUACAUUCCAAAAAAGUCAGAUCACUGCAAACUCCCUUUUGGUGUAGCCAUGUUUUUUUCCUGCUCCACACCUAAUGUCAUGUGUGAUUUCAGGUAAAGGGCAGGUAGGCCUCACAGGCCAAGUGGGUAACCUGGUGGACCUAAUUAGGCCUGCUGACCACAGACCCCCGGCCCUUGUCCUACAGCCAGACCUCCUCAUGUUCUGAUAGUAAUCCCGUAAACAGCUGAAGCCUCAUUUUAUGAAUACAUCUUUUGCACAUACAGAGCACAAAGACUGCAUCAGAACCUCCACUGGCUCCCCCAGUUUCCGAAGAGGAGGAUGAGGAAGAUGAUGAUGAUGAUGAUGACAAUGAGCCACCACCUGUUAUUGCCCCACGACCAGAGCAUACAAAAUCAGUGAGCUGCUAACAGUUUUAGUUUGAAUUGUUGUCUGUAUGGUAGGACCAGGUCUGCGUAUUUGCCCUUGUUCAGCAGGAAUGCAUAGGGUUGGGGAUGGCGAAGGGGCACAGAAUCUGGUGGUGAUGCAGAAUGCGAGCUUUUGGGAAUCUCUGCUUUCCAUGAAUGUCUAGCCCUUAUGGCUGCAGAGACACACAAAGUGCAGUCUGGUGAAAUUUUGUUAGCCGGGUAGCCCGAAACAGCUUUUUUUAAACAAUCCCCAGAGAAGUCUCUCUGUGCAAAUUUCCAGGUUUAACCCCUCUUGGCACAGAAAUUAGAUUGCCUCUGUGCUAGCUUUUUAUCUGGUUUUGCUCAGAGCACACACUGUCUAUGGCAAAGCCAGUAGCUAUUACGAGCCAUGGAGGAAAAUUCAUUUUGAAGGAACAACUUUGAGUUUAGUACCCAGUCUUAGGAUUUUCAUUUGUAGGAAACUAUGGCAGUCAGGUAGCUCUGCUUUGAGAUUUAUCACUUAAUCCCAAGCUUUUCUGCAUUGUGUGAAAAGGCAUAGCAGAGCUCUUGGUUCAGGGUGUAAUGUGUAAAUUGAACAGUGUAAUGGAAGUCUUGAAAUCCAUUAUCUGCCUGUCAGGAGCUUAAAUUAAACCUUUAGAGAGAAAGCAAUAUAAUAUUUGUGAAAGCACAGGAGACAAUUAAAGUGUUUCCUUGUAUGUAGCUCAUUGGCAAUUCAUUGUUGUUCAAUUUCCCCAAGUUCACAAUGGAAUUAAGGUAUUUCCCGCCAUUGUUUCUUUCAGAUUUACACACGUUCUGUCAUUGAACCUGUUGCGGCUCCAGCCCCAGUGAAGGAGCCUACAACCCCUCAGCCUGAGAAUUCCAACUCAAACACCUUGUAUAGAAAUACAGAUCGGCAGCGGAAAAAAUCCAAGAUGACUGAUGAGGAGAUCCUAGAGAAAUUAAGUGAGUGUUUCGCCCUUGCUUGCACACUAUUGAUACUUGACCACAAAUUUAUCAAGGAGAAAUCUAUCAAUGGAUACCUAGCCAUAAUAACCAAGUGGACCCACCAUGCAGUCUACCUCAAAGUACCAGCUAGUGGGAGGACAUAUAUCUAGAGAGAGGACUAUUGAUAUCAUGACCUCCUUGCUAUUCUCCCAAAGAUAUCUAGGUGGCUGCUGUCUAAGACAGGAUGCUUGAUUGGGUGGUUUUUGGGUCAAAUCAAGCACAGCUGUUCUGUUCUUCUCAUCCACCAGACUAGAUAAUCUGAAUGAGUCUCCCAGGUUUCUGAUUCCAAAUGCUAAUGGCCACUCUUAUUGAAGCCAAGAGUUGCAAGCAAGCUAUUUUUACAUGAGAUCUCUCAUGAGACGACAACUCUUAUGGAUGAGCAUUAUUAAUGAGGCACAGCAACAAUUGCCUGCCUGCCCCACAUCUCCAAGCCUUUCCUUCCUUGAUUGAUUUUUGGUUGUUUCAUGAUUGUCUGCUUUUUUUCUCUCCUCCUUAAGAAUGUAAUGUAUGCCUGAUUAAGGUGUCUGAGUAGUUGCCUUCCAGCCAACUUUGAGCUGCAGAUUGAAAAUCCAAUGGAAUUUCAGACAGUCUUCUGAAACAUGAUGUAUUGCAUUUGUCUGUACGACUGAGAGCUAAUUAGGAAAAUAAUUAAGAAUUAAUUAACAAAGCUUUAUGUUUGGAACCCAGGUGGUGCAUCCCAGCCCCCUAAUUUUCUUCCUUCUUUAAUAUCUUCGGGAUUGACCUCCAUCCACCUUCAGAAAGAUGCCACACAGCUUUGUUUGAUCUCUAAAUGAGAUUGACUCUUCUUUAUUUCUUAGGAAAAAAUAUAUAGAUACCAGUAGCACAUACAGUGGUACCUCGAGUUACAAACGCCUCAGGUUACAAACGCUUCAGAUUGCAAACUCCGCUAACCUGGAAGAGUUAUCUCGAGUUGAGAACUUUGCUUCAGGAUGAGAACGUAAAUUGUGUGCCGGCAGCGCAACGGCAGCAAGAGGCCCCACUAGUGAAAGAGCGUCUCUAGUUAAGAACAGUUUCAGGUUAAGAAUGGACCUCCGGAACGAAUUAAGUUCGUAACUACAGGUACCACUGUAUAAGGCUUUAUUCCACCUUGCCAUGCAGUGUAUUGUACCAAUACCCUCUGGCUCUCCAAAGGGGAUCUGAGCAUUGAAGCAGUGGACUCCUGGAGGCAGAAGCUCAAGAGGCCUCUGCUUACCCACAACUCCUGGGAACACAGGAAUCUGCCUUAUGUGAAGUAAAACUGUUAUCCCAUCUAGCUCAGUAUUGCUUACACUAACUGGCAGCAGCUUGGGCAGGAGUAUUUUCUAGCCCUACCUGGAGAUGCUGCCAAGGGUUAAACCUGGGACCUCAUGGGUGCAAAGCGGCUGCUCUGCCACUGAGCUAUGGUCCUUGUUGGGAAAAAGUAGGGUGCUAGAAGCUGUCCUUGUAGUCUUGCCCUUUGGGCUGUUUCACAGAACCAGAAGAGGACAGGUGUGUGCAAAGUCUAUUCACUACUGAACUGGCACAUUAGUUGGGAUGGGUGAUAUCAAUAAUAGCAUGAAAGGAUGGGUGGAAGGGGGAAGUAGCGCUACCCAACUUUGUUACCCCCACCUGUAUGAAGCUUUAGAGCUUACCAGUUAUAAUUAUUAGCUGCCUGGCCUUUCCCCCUUCUGAAUGCAACAGAAUAUUCUGCCUGUUACAUGCCCAGCUCUAGUAACGAAUCACAGAGUAUUUGGGUUUUGCAUAUUCUCUGUAUCAGAGUAUUGCAUAUUCUCUGCGGGAGUUUGGAUCUCAGCAUCUUUCUUCUCCCUUCACACUGAAUUUUCCUUCAGCAUAGCCCAUCAUGUUGUAACUCCCAUGGUUCCUUAAGUUGCCACCUGCUGUCCUUCCCUGUCUACUGUAAUAUUCAGGCAGUUUUUUAUUUCUACUUUUGAAAGCACCUAAAUAUCAUGGCCAAGGUUGUUUUCAGUGUUAUGACAUAUGUCUUCACCUGUCAAUGGCUCAUUUUUAAGUGGUUUUGAAAGCAAUGCUUGGUACAUUUUUGCAUCUAUCCAUUUUCUUCCCUUGCAGUUUUAGAAUGCAAAGAAGAUGCAGUGCUAUUAGGUCUAGCAAAGAUUAUUUGUAUUUUGAAUCACCCCCAUUAUAGAAAGCUGACCCCUGUAUCCUGCUUUGGGAGGGGGAAUAUAUGCACCUUUUGUCUGUCUUGCUAGAAAUCAUAUGUUCUCACAUUUUUGCUCUUAUUUUGUUCUUCUCACAGAAUUUCAUAGAAGUGUAGAGUUGGAAGGGACCCCGAGGGUCAACUUGUCCAGCCCCCAGAAGCGCAGUUUGCAUGAAGACACCAAACCCAAGUUGAUUCAUCUGAUUCAACAGUUGAAAACGGGUUCAGAAUCUCUCAUUAUCUUCCUGAUCUGAAGGGUUUCCCUUUUCCAAUUCCGUUGCUUGGAGAUUACCUAACUUCUUUUCUCCUUGUACACAGAUAGGCUCCUCUCCCCCCUUGAAAUUAAAGUGGUCAUAGAUAAUCUUCUUUCAGAUUCUGCUAACUCCUUUUGAAAAAUACUUCUAUACUACACUUUCACAAUCUGGUGCCCUCUGAACUUCUUAAACAUACAACUCUGACCAGCCCCAUUUGUCAGUUAAAAAUACAGGGAACCUUAGGCCCUCCUAUGGAAAUGUCUGGUGAAUUUUGCCCACCCACCCCAGUGUCUCUCCCACAGGACUGAACACAACCUCAGCUGAAAAUAUAAGCUCACUUCACAUGAUAUUAUCCUUUUCUUUUUCUUCGCUCUCACUUAAAAGGUAUUAUCUUCCAGUGAUGAUGACCUUCCUUUGUUUUUUUCAGGAAGCAUUGUAAGUGUUGGAGACCCGAAAAAGAAAUAUACAAGGUUUGAAAAAAUUGGCCAGGGGUAAGUAUUGCCAAGGCACAGGGGCUCAGUUUUGAUUAUAGUAUUUCUGCCCAUUUAUUCAUGUAUGUUUGGUUAUACAAGUUAUCACUGGCAUAUUUUCCAUAAGGCAGGGACUACAAUUUGGUUGCCUUGUCUUCACACCUGGAGCUACCAAUGUGAGCAACCAUCAGUAAUUCCCUGGUUCAGAUCUCACCUCAACAUCUUUGAGUAUUCCACAGUAUGGGAAAGAUAAAAUAUUGCUGUUGUGUGCAUCAUGACAAAUAUAUUUUAUUGCAGAAUAAAAUUUUAUUUAUAUGUGUUAUUUUAUCACACAGAAACUGGACUUGUUUGCAAAUAACACUAACCCAAGGUUUGUUUAAGCCAAGGCUUGUUCAACAAAACACAAGUUAAUACAAGUUAGCCCCCAGACAAUCAAAGAAGGAGUGGCUUCUUUCUUCAAAAUUAGGUCCCCUGCCCCCAGCCGUUCAUUAAGUUUGGUGAGCAUUUAUAGUUUGAGCAUUUGUGAUGGGGUACAAGCAAACCAUGGUUAAGGAAGGGUGUUGUUUUUUAAUGUAAUUCCAUGCUAUAGUUGAAAGAAAUCAAGGUUCAUGAGUCAACAUCAAACCAUAGUUUCAGAUUGUGGUUUGUUGACAGUAAACAACCCAUAUUGGGCCUCUGGGCAGGGUUCACAUGUAAUGCUAACUCAUGGUUUGACAAACCAUAGUUUAAUAAAUCAGCAUUUAGCAUUGUGUGAGAACCAAACUGUAGUUUCAUAUUCAAUCUCAAAAUACUACUGACACCUGCCAGACCUAUUUCUGUAGCCUGAAGAAUGACAUCUGGAUAUAAGCAGGUAGAAGGUUAUCUAAAUAAAAUGCUCAAAUCAAAAUCCUCUGCACUUUAACUUUGGUUCUGCACUGACAACCAUGAGUAAACAGGUUUUUUAAAAAAUGUAAACAAAUUGGAUUAAACUUCCCUAUUAGUCACAGAAAACACAUUAGCAUUAACAUUGAAAUGAUGAAUGGCAUAUCCAAUGGAAACAUUGCAUUAAACCGAGGGAUCCAGGCUGUGGGAGAAAAAAGUGAAAUGCUCUUAAAAUAAUUUUGCUUGCUAAUUAAUAUCCACAGUUCCAAACAACAUUCUGGCAUUGUAGAAAGACUGUUCAGUGCAUGUCAGUGUUAAACAUCUAAUAACUCACCAGCUACUUAAUUGACAGAAUCUUUUCUAAAACUGGGCAACACACUUUGUAGCAGUGACCAGCAGGCAUAAGUAUGUGCUCAUUUUUAUUCAUGUUCUUCCUGUUUGGCACCUCCACAUAUCUUGACGACACAUUCUAUUUUCUUGUAGAGCUUCAGGUACAGUUUAUACAGCGAUAGACGUUGCCACAGGGCAGGAGGUAUGUGCAAUGUUGGUGUCUGUUUCUUCUCUGCUUUUAAAAUUCUGCCCAGUUUUCUCAUACCGCUUGUAAUACACUUGUACACACUUUUGGGUUAUUGCCUGCCUCUGAUGCAGAACUGCAUCACUUGUAAGUAAGAAUGGGGGAGAAAUUGGGUUCAGAUCACAUUUAAAGGCAAACUUACCUAAUUCACACUUUCCGAAACAGUAUAUGAACUGAAGUGUAGGCACCCUUUGAAAUAUUCACAGUCUGAAUUUUGCAAUGCUGAGCAACGUGAACUACAGGCAAGCAAUGUGUACAAAAAUGCAUAUAUUAGUGGAAAAUAACGUACAUAAAUGUGUUGUGUUAGGAAAAACUGCUUCCCAAAACCUGUGUAUGGGGGGAAAUGCAGCGGAGGUGGUAUGGCUCUGAAUACCACUUUUUGGGAUCAUGAGUAUGGAGACCACAGCUGUUCUUGGGUCCUACCUGCAGGCAUCCCAUAGGCACCUGGUUGGCACCUGGUUAGCAACUGUGAAAACACGAUGCUGGAUGAGUUGGGCCUUUACCCUGAUCCAGCUGGGACUUAUCACCUGUUCCUAAGCUUGAUGGGUCUUAGUACUGAUUAUGGUGGCUGUGGCAGAAGACAUAAUGGAUCUGGCAACCUCUGUGAUGGCACACAGUCUGUUGGUUGUGACUAUAUGUAUUUGCAGCAGUAGGUGUGACUUGCCCUCAGUGCUCAUUUGCUGUAGAAGCAGGUGCUAAAAUCCAGCUGCUAAGCCUGUCAUAGUUAAUACAAUACCCUCCUAUCUUUUUAGGUGCUGGGUAGUCUCAUAAUGGAGAUUCUAUACAUAUUAGUUCCAGUGAUGCUAAUUAUUCUUAACACUUGGACAGACUCUUUGAUUUCCAAAGUUUGCUAUAAAUAUUAAUUAAAGAAGGAUCGCGGUUAAAUAUCUGGGAUUUGUAUUUAGGUAACACGGAGGUUAGUUGACCUCAAGUUAAAGCUAAGGGAGGGGGAAUCAAACUGAAGGUCAAAGGCCUAACCUUAAGCUAUGCAAUUAUGAGUCGCUUGUGUCACGCUCAGUACCAUUCUGCAUGUCGACCGAAGUGUGACCCAUACAAAGCACUGAAUGGGGAGGCCUCUGAGCUUCUUUGAGUUUGACUAAUGUUGAGUUGUCAGCUUAAUGUUUGCACCUUUUUUCACAAUUAUGGUGAAGCCCAGUAGAAAGAUCGGGGUUUUCAAGCUUGGAAAGAAAGAGAGGUUAAGGGGCAAUCAAGAUUCAUUAACACUCAUGCAAGUUUGGCUGUUGAUAUCAGCAAGAUAUACAUUGCAUUGACAAUUAUCAGUGCUGGAACACUAGAUAAAGUUGAGCAGGAUACCUCCAGAUAUAUAGUGGACUCUCAAUUGCCAGUGAUUUCAAAAAGAGAUGGAACCCCCAGGAGUGCAGCUGAGACACUGUUUUACCCAGCAUUUCAUGGAUAGCAUUGGGUGUGUUUGCUUUUUAAAAAUUCCCUUUUUGACCCUAUUGAUUGUGACCACAAUCGAAUAUUCACACCAUACAGCAGAAAAUUCUUCUCCACCUCCUGUACAUUUUAUCCAUUGGGUAGUAUCCAAGGGCUUCUUCCCUCCUAUGGAAAGAGUCUUCCUCCCAGGGCAGGUCUCCUUCUGUCAGAGCAACCCAUUUACUGUGCAUACUGGUUUCUGAAGCAAAGUGUGUUAGCACUUAACAUAGCUAUUUCCUAAGAAUGUGAAUCUGCUUGUUGUCAUCAUAGAACUGAUGCAACUUAGAUAUAUUCAACAACAUUUACUGUGCACUAUUUAGAAUGAAUUCUUGGUAGUGGGAAGCUUAAGUUUUAGAUCCAGAUAAGUUCAAAGCUGAGGAGUGUGUGAAUCCCUCCUUGUACUCACAGAUUAUCUCCAUGCAAACUGUCCCCAUACUUUUCUCCUCAGCUGAGCUUUAAUACCAGCUUGGCUAAGAGAAAAAAAACUUGGCACAGAAUGUACAGGGAGGUAAGUGGCGGGCGCAGAGUGCGCUUGGCUCCCCUCACUCACAUAACCUAAAUAUAGAGCACCCUCCGUCCUCUGGGUUGUAUGUGACUUGAGGCAGGCCUAGAAUUAAACCAGGUGUGGUUAGCUUAGCCAAUGGCCGGGGAGGAUGGGAGCUGCAUUUUGGCAACAUUUGGAGGGCCACAGGUUCCCCACAACUUCUUUAAACCAAUAAGUCUGAGAGAUAGUAAUAGUGACCCAUGAAAUCCCUGAUUUGAUUCUCACCUUUACCAUGAGCUUCCUAAGUAACUUUAGAUUCCCCCACCAUUUGCAGCAAGGCCAGCUAACCUUACAGGGUUGCUGCAAGAAUUGCAACUAAAUUAUGCAUGUCAAGCACUUUGGAGACCAGGAAGUGCUAUGCAAAUGCUAAGUAUUAUAGUUAUUACCUAAUUUGCCCUCUUAAUUAACUUGGUGCUGUUCUCAGCGGUUACCUAUCUAGUUGCCUCCAGUCUAUUGCACUUAUUUUGUGCAUGUUUUUUUUUAAUGGUUUGUUUUCUGAAGGGGAGGGUUCACUUAAAAACAGAAAUUAAGUUUCAUGAAAAUGUCAUUUCAGGUGGCUAUAAAGCAAAUGAAUCUCCAGCAGCAACCCAAAAAGGAAUUAAUAAUCAAUGAGAUCCUGGUCAUGAGGGAAAAUAAGAAUUCCAACAUAGUUAACUACUUAGAUAGGUAAGUACCUUCAAGUGACCGUCUGAUAAUGGUUGCUAGGAAGCUUUGGAUAAAAAUGUGAUCAGUGGUGGAGGCUGCACCACUAGGGCAAGUGGACCAUUGACCCAUCAAGCUUGGUCUGUCCUCAGCCAGCCCCAACUUAUUGCUUUGCUUACAACCAGUCUAGGAGGUCACACUGGCUCUGCCUAUCAUUGGCUCUUGGUCUGCCUACUGUUUGUGCUCCCUGUCCUCUUCCCUAUCGGUUCCAAUGAGCACCAGCCCCCACUGGUUUUGAAGGUUUGCUGUAAGCCACCUUGGGCACAGUUCCUUGUGGAAAAACAGCAAAUGAGUAAAUCAAUCACUGGUGACCAAAGGAUACUUGCUAGCUUCUUGGGUGUAACUGUUCAUUUGUGGGAACUGUUAGGCCACAAGUGCCUCAUUAGAAGCAGGUGCCAGCCUGAGCCUCUUCUGAACAGCUGCAAAGUGGAGAGGGAAGGCAGAUUUCCAGGUGCUAUUCUGCUGCAGUUUGGCCAGUAUGCAUCCAGAACCCCAGGGGAGAGGUGGGGACCAUAAGAAAAAUAAGUUAAUAGCGUGGGGAGGGUGAAGCAUUCCCUCCUGUCUGGUACCCAUCAAUACCUUCUGUUUCUUUAGUUUAUUGGUGUAAUGUUGUUUGUGGACCACAGCAUUCAGACCACAUUGAACUGAUAUUUUUUUCCAUAUUCAUCUACUAAUGACUUCUUGAAUUUGAUGUCUCAGUUACCUUGUUGGUGAUGAACUUUGGGUGGUAAUGGAGUACUUGGCUGGUGGCUCUUUGACUGACGUUGUUACAGAAACCUGCAUGGAUGAAGGGCAGAUAGCUGCUGUCUGUAGAGAGGUAAGUAAUUUCAUUCUGUGACAGCAUGGUGGUCUUCAACCAACAGUUAUGUUUAUACAUUGGCCUGCUUUGGAUGCACAUAUCUUGGCUCAUGAAGCUGAAAAAUAUACUAUCCAGUGCUUUUUGUGUGUGACAAAGUGUCACCAGUAUGGAAUGCCAUUGCCUCUGGUUUUUUUGCUGCCCAUCACAACCAUUUUGUGCUUGGACCUAUGGCACUUUUAUCAAGAUUUGAGUACCGACACUUCAUUUAUUUGUUUGUUACCAAAACAAAAAGCACUGGGGCUAUCCUUAUGCCUAUGUGCAUUGUCCCUCCCCUCUUCCAUUCCUAAGGCACUGUGGUUAAUUCCAGAAAUCUUUAGCCAUAUCUUUCCAUUACAUCUGAGCCAGGAAACCAUGGUUACAAGGUUUGGAACAAGUGAGAACUUUACAUUUCCUUCAAACCACGGUUUAAGGUCCUUGACUUGCUCUGAACCUUCUUAACCCUACUGUUGUGUGCAACCUUAGCUCUUCUCAGAGUAAGCCUAUUAAAACAAGUGGCUAUAAGUUAUUCAUGUUCAUGGUCCUACUCUUGAGCUGAGCAAAUGUUGGACCAACAACCCAUUGUUUCCAGGUUUGACUAUAGCUUAAUUGAAGUCUUCUUACUGCAGCAUACCAAGAGGAGAGGGGCAGUGGAGCAUGAAGGCACAAAUCCCAUGCAUUUCCCAAUCUUUUAAGCUGAGAUAUUUACAUACAAACCAGGCUGUUGCCACCUUUUGGCAUGCGUAUAUCUGCUAGAUAAUGGUAGGAGGAGCUAGCCAGUUAUACCCAAAGUAGCAUUGCUCUAGGGUACUGUAGGGAGUUUAAAACCAUGGUUUGUAAUUUCCUGAUGACCGAGGUGGGACAGAGCAGAUGCCACUGCCAAAGUAUAUGCCCACAGUUGUUGGAUACUUCCUGUGGGAAGGGAGAACGAUUUGGCCAUUGAAGAGUGGAUCUCUAUUCAGUGAAGGAAGUGGUGGCAGUGCUGGGAAAUGGGCUAAAUGUACCAAGGUAUGGUCUGAAGCUUCAAGAGGCCACCUGCUUGCUGAAGCUAAGCAGGUAUGGGUCUUGACACCUGGGUGGGUGACCACCUGGAAGCCACAUAUAUGCUACCUUGGAAUGAAAUAAUGUGUGAGUGCCCAUGUAGCAAGUUGCUCUUUUCGUAGCGUAAACUCUGUCAUCUUACCAUUCCUAUAGAAAUGAAAACAAAAAAUGAUUCGGCAAUAUACUUCACCUCCUCCAUUUCCUAAUAAGUCAGACCAUAAUCCUUGACUUGCACCAUGCUCUUUUAAAAGUAUCUUAUUUAUUAUUUUCUAAAUAUCAGUGCCUGCAAGCUCUGGAUUUCUUGCAUUCAAACCAAGUGAUCCAUAGAGACAUCAAGAGUGACAACAUUCUUCUUGGGAUGGAUGGAUCUGUCAAACUCAGUAGGUAUUCUCUGUAAGGCUUUUGCCACUGUAGUUAUUGUGGUGUGGUAUUGUGUGUUAUCAGGGUAAAGUGGUGGUAUAUAUCUCUCCCCGCCAAUAAAAAAAUAGUGCAAAAACAGGUGAGAAAUGGUGCCAGUUUUGGUAUCAAAGGGAGUUUCAGUUAUGCUUAACUCCCCAUCUCUACAUAAUUAUCCAUGUGUAGCCACUUAGAUAGGUGAUCAUGUACUCAGUGACAUGCACAUUCCAUCCUAUGUAUUUUUCGAGAAUUAAAAAAGCAGCUAGAAUUGCAUGAAAGUUUUAAGCACCUAGGAUAUGCAGUUUAGAAUGCUUAAUGUUGCAUCUUCUCUUAAAAUGUGCACUUUCGCAUGCAGUUCCCAAUAAAGUACACCACAUCACAAAAAUUUGGAGAGCAUGUGAACCCAUUGAUAGCUACAUUUUUGAUACACAAGGCUGGGAACUGGCAAAUUAGGUUGCUUUGCUUUAAAUGCAGGUCUGAUGGUUUUCUCCUCCAUCCCUAACUGUCAGCACAGAUAUUUGACUGGUGCUUCUCUCAUUGUGUUAGGGAGAAACUUCUCUAAAACUUUCUAAGAGUCAGGGAGUUCUUCCUACCCCACUUAUGUUGAGAAAUAUGUGUACGUGUGUGUGUAUGUGUAUGGUGCUCCCAGUAACACUUUUUGCUUCUCAGUUUUUUCUUCCUUUUCAUAAUUUUCAAAUAAUCUGUAUUCUAUGCUGCUGCUCUCUGAAUCCUUAUGAAUUUGGAUUUUGGUUUUUCUUUUUUGUUUUUGGCUCCCCAAAAAUGGCCGCAGGCCUAAACGUUUUAAGAUUGCGGCGGAAAAGCACUUAAGACUUAUCUCAGUACAUAACAGGGCAGAAUCCUAUUCAGAGUAGACCCACUGAAUUAAUGUGCAUUACUAAGUUAGGUUCAUUCAUUUCAAUGAAUCUACUUCAAGUAGGACUAAAACCCUAUGUGUCUUGGAUAUGCUUAAGAAUAUAAGAAGAUGGAUCAGACUGUGGGGAAAAGGAUGCUGGAGAAGAGGCUCCAAAGUGAUAUUUCCCAUGUUGUGAUGGUGACACUUUGCUAAUUUGUACCCAGGUUAUAAUGCAGUUUCCUGUAGUCACCCGAGAUUGUAGUAUCAGCAGCGGUACACAGCUAUUACUUACCCAUUUACUUUCCUAGUUUUAUGUGGAGAUGCAUGCUGCACGAUGAAGCUGAGAUUAAGCAUUUUUAAGGUCCCAUCCAUUUGAGUGGGGGAAAUGCUUACCACUGCUUACCUAUUCCAUUGAUAUCAGUUUGAGUUCCAUGUGUGAAAAUGGGGGCACAGCUCAGUGGCAAAGCACAUGCCAAAGGUCUCUGGUUCACUCCUCAGCAUCUCCAGGAAGGACUGGAGCAACUCCAGAUCUCCUCCAACCACUACUGUGGGCCAAUUUGAAAGGUGGGUGGGGCUGCCCAGUGGUCAAUCACAGUGCUUUCAAACGGUGUAAGGUAAGCAAAGGAAGAAGGGUUUGCAGCAACCGCUGAUCAUAGAAUCAUAGAAUUGUUGGGAGGGACUCUGGGGAUCAUUGAGUCCAACUCCCUGCAAUACAGGGAUAUGCAGCUGUCUCGUACUGUGAUCGAACCUGCAACUUUGGCAUUGUCAACACCAUGCUCUAACCAACUGAGCUAUCUAGGGGGACAUGGUCCAAGGAGGAAGCCUGCCAAGCCUCAUUUGACUUAUGAGCUGGAGAUUCUCAUCUGCUGGUUUCGCUUGUUGAAAUGCACCUUGCUAUCCUUGCUUAAUUUUUGCUGCGUUUCUCCUUUAUCCUUCUUUUUCCAGUAUGGAUGUUGUCUUUGUUUGACAAUUAUCAUAUCGUUUUCCUCUCUGUUCUCCAGUCUGUCAGUGUUCUUCAGCCUCUCUUCCUCUUUAUGCCAACUUCCCCACUUGCUCUUUCGUCUGCUUCUUCUGCUGGUUUCAUACCGUUUCUGUAAGCCAUCAUCUUUGCUUUUCCUUUGCUGCAGCUGACUUCGGCUUCUGUGCUCAGAUCACUCCCGAGCAGAGUAAAAGGAGCACAAUGGUGGGAACCCCCUACUGGAUGGCUCCUGAAGUGGUGACAAGAAAGGCAUAUGGGCCCAAAGUGGACAUCUGGUCUUUAGGGAUCAUGGCCAUAGAAAUGGUGGAAGGAGAACCUCCAUAUCUCAAUGAAAAUCCUCUCAGGGUAAGAUCAAAAGUCCAGUAUGCUUUUUGUUUUUUAAAAAACCAUCCUAAAUUGUAGACUGCAUUGGGACUCACAUUAGUGUCACAGGCUGAUUGCACACUGGAGGCAUCCAAGGUCCCAGGUGGAUGGCAACAAAGACAGGGAGCUAUCUCAGUUGUAUCACCUCAAUUGUGGAUUGUUCUCAGGGAGGUUGGCAGCCUAAUUCCAUUCCAUUUCUGGUUUUGGAAAGUUAUUCUUUGGUUCCUUCAAUUCCAUCUUGCAUGGUGGUUUUUUUAUUAUUGUUGAAAUAAUGCACAAAAAGUCUGCACUUGAACUACAAAAUUUCAAUGCACUUUUUACGUAAAAUACACAUUUCCCUAUGCAUUCGUCCACAAAUACACAUUUUUAAGUCCGUUUUAUGUAAAAUGCUAAUUUGUGUGUGUGUGUGCGUGUGCAUUUUUUGUGUACUGAGACUGCAUUGCAAAAUCUGGAGAACUGUGUAAUCAUGCUUACACAGUAGUGCUCAGAUCCACAUUCAAGAAUGGAAAGUUUUCUAUUGCCCAUAUCUUUUUAUUCAUUGCAUUUUCUUUUUGCAAAAGAAAAAUGUUUCAGGUUUAUUGGAGGAUGGGAUAAAAAUCCUGAAAUAAAUACCUAAAGGAAGGAACAAGAAAAGCAGCCUCAAAUAAAUCAAUGCAACUUACCGUUUUACCCUUUAGGCCUUGUAUUUGAUAGCUACAAAUGGGACUCCAGAACUCCAGAAUCCCGAGAGACUCUCUGCUGUUUUCCGAGACUUUCUGAACCGCUGCCUGGAGAUGGAUGUUGACAGGCGAGGGUCUGCGAAAGAGCUCUUGCAGGUAAUGUGUUAUGGGACGGAGAGAGCAUUAAAGGGCACAUUGUUUUCUUUUCUGUCCCCUACAGAAAUGUCAAAAUAGUUGGAUUGUAUGUGGGUUCCCACAUCAGCUCUGUAUUCACUGUGAAGGUGUUGUGCUGACUUGGAGGUACAGGGCCUUCCUGCAUGAUUUCUGCUCCUCCCACAUGCCACACCCACGUUUUAUGCAUUAUGAGAGCAGUGUGGAGAUACUACCAAAAUUAUGGGAUUUGUUCCCGCAAGAUGUAGUGUGACAGUCACCAACUUGGAUGGCUUUAAAGAAGGAUUCAGUAAAUUCAAGGGACAUCAGGCUAUCCCUGGCUACCAACCACAAUGGCUAUGUUUUACCUCCACUGUCAGAGCCAGUAUGCCUCAGUCUGAAUACCAGUUGCCGGGAACCACAAGUGGAGAGAGUGCUGCUGCACUCAGGUUUUAUUACUGGGCUUUGCAUUGGCAUCUGCCUGGUCACCAUGAGAGCAGGAUGUUAAACUAAAUGGGCCUUUGGCCUGAUCCAGCUCUUAUGCUCUUAAGCAUUUGCCAUGCCCUUGGGGAGGGGAGUGUAAGGUUUUAGGUUCUAGAUGACACUGAGUGCUGGUUCACACAUAUCGUUUGGUUAUUCUACACUCGUUUACUGGAUCCUAGUUUGCAGGAGCUCCUUGCUCUCCAUAUCCUGUUGCUCCCCUAUAUUUGACAGGGUGAAAGAGCAUAAAAUACAGUUUUAUCAGUGGCAAUCACCCACGCUAUCUGGGCAUAAACAAACGAUACGAUACGAUAUCUUUAUUGUCAUUGUCCCUUGCGGAACAAUGAAAUUGAAAACUACAUAAAACUACAUAAAAACUACAUAAAACUACCACAAAACUACAUAAAACUACAUAAAAACUACAUAAAACUACUACAAAACUACAUAAAACAUUCAAAACCCCCUAAAAACUCUAAAACCCCAUUUUAAAACACACUAUACUACAGAAACCCCUUAUGCUGCAUUUAGAACCAGAAUUGCAUUAGCGUAGAAACUGUUUUUCAGGCGGCUAGUCCUGGCCUUUAUAACCCUAUACCUUCUUCCAGAAGGCAGAAGCUGAAAGAGAUCAUUUCCGGGGUGCGUACUAUCAUGUGCUAUCUCUGCCGCUUUCUUAUGGCACCUGGCAGCAUAGAUUUGAUCUAAGGUGGGAAGAGUGCACCCAAUAAUUCUCUCUGCAGUCUUUACAACCCUGGAUAGCAUUGUUUUUUCCCUGGCCGUGCAGCUCCCAAACCACACGCACAGACCAUAAGUUAGUACGCUCUCUACAGUGCAAUGGUAGAAUGCCAUCAACAGGUCCUUUGAGAGAUUGUUUUUCCGGAGGAUUCUCAGAAAAUAUAACCUCUGCUGUGCUCUCUUCACCAGGUCUUUGCUGUUCUCUCCCCAGGUUAGGUCGUCUCUCAACUCCAUUCCCAGAAAUCGAAACACUGAAACCUGUUCCACGCACUUCCCCUCAAUAAUAAGUGGCUGAAUAUUCAAUUUACAUUUCCUAAAGUCCACAAUGAUCUCUUUUGUUUUCUUUAAGUUAAGCAGUAAGUUGUUUUUCCUGCACCACUCCCCCAUCUGUUCAACUUCCUUCCUAUAGGCCGUCUCCCCCUCUCCAGCCGUAAUUAAACCAACCACUGUUGUAUCAUCUGCGAACUUAAUGAUCUUAUUAGUGGGGUAUUUGGGGGCACAGUCAGCUGUAUAGAGCAUGUAUAAAAGCGGGCUCAACACGCACCCCUGAGGCGUGCCCGUAUUCGUGAUGAGAUCCGCAGAGACGUGGGAACCCAACCUGACCCUUUGGGAACGGUUUGAUAGAAAGUCUAAUAUCCACCUGCACAAACAUGGUGGAAGUCCCAGGUCUAAUAAUUUGGGCACCAAUCUAUGCGGAAGAAUAGUAUUAAAUGCAGAACUAAAGUCUACAAAUAACAGUCUCGCGUAGUUCCCUUGCUUCUCCAAAUUAGUCAGGACAGCGUGUAAAGCCAUUGCCACAGCAUCCUCUGUGGAUCUCUUUGCCUUGUACGCAAACUGGUAAGGGUCAAGUCCCACUGGCAGACAAGAUAAGAUGCGCUUCCUCACCAGUUUUUCGAAACAUUUCAUUAUAAUGGGUGUCAGCGCCACAGGGCGAAAAUCAUUCAGACUGUCUAUCUUUGAUGUUUUUGGCAGGGAUAUAAUGGUAGCAGAUUUCAGACAGGGUGGAACAGUGGCUUGGGGCAGAGACUGGUUAAAAAUCUUUGUAAAGAUUCCUGCCAGUUGGUCCGAACAAUCUCUUAGCACCCUGCCAGCCACCCCAUCCGGGCCCAUAGCCUUCCUUGUGUUUACCUCCUUUAAUAUUCGCCUCACUUCUCCCUCUUCCACCCUGGCAGCAUUUCCUGUAGGUAGUGACGCCAAUAGCUCUGGCAUCCCUGUUGGAGUCACUGUUGAUGUCACCUCAAAUUGGGCAAAGAAGGUAUUCAACUCUCCCACCAAGGAAGCAGUACUCUCUACCACUGAUGAAUUCCUUGAUUUAUAACCAGUCAGAUGUUGGACUCCCUGCCGCAUUUGUCUAGUAUCAUGAUUUCUCAGAUGGUCCUCAAUUUUUCCUCUGUACUCCGCUUUUGCUUUCCUGAUACCCCUCUUCAAGUUCGCUCUUUCUAUGCCAUACAAAAUCCGGUCCCCAGUUCUAAAAGCAGAAUUUCUGGCCUUCAAUAAUCUCCUAACCUCUCCUGUCAUCCAGGGCUUCCUAUUUGGAUACAACUUAACAUACUUUUCCCUGGUGACAUUUGCUGUGCAGAACCUAAUAUAAUCCAGGACCGUUGAUGUAUAAGUUUCUAGAUCUUGAUGGUCGAAGGUAUUCCAGUCGGUCUCCUGGAAACAGUCCUGCAGUUGCUGAGAGGCUCCCUCAGGCCACACCGUAACCAUCCAUGUUUGUAUCUGGCCUUGUUUCCUGAGGGGUGUGUAUACUGGUGUCAGAAGCAGGGACACAUGAUCUGAACCACCGAUGUGCGCCAAGGUCUUGACCUCAUAUGCCUGCCUAAUGUUCGUAUACACCUUGUCAACAUCUGGGUGUUAUGUGUAUUCACCCUAUUCAGAAAUUACACUCAUGCAUGAACAUCUAGUGGCUUUGGAAGUGGUUGUGGUUGGCAUCUGUCUGUCUUGAGAGACAGUGGAGUGUGCCUCCAGGGGUGAAUUCAAACCAGAUAGUGACCUCUCCAGGGUGCAAGCCUGGACAGUGUAUAUGGAGUUCCUGGGUUGCCCAGAUAACAAGACCCCUUCUCGGUGUAUUAGCUGGGCAGAGUGGCAAAAUACUGUCAUCUCUCCAUUACAGAUGUGGAAGUAUAUUAGCUUCAAUAUCUUAAACAUGGUAGCUGGUUCUGUUGCAUGCACUGGGUGAUAUGAAAGCUCUGCUUACGGUGUUAGAUUUCUAGUGCCUCACUCACACAUGCAUUGAAGAGCCAGUUAUCACAUGUGUAGAUGAUGCCUCGUAGGAUGGAAUUUUUCCAGACAAGUGCAGACCACUGAAGUCCACAAGUGGUUGCAGGAUAAAGCGCAACAGGAAGUAUCACUUACAUGAAAAACGAACACAGUGCCAUCAGGAUUCUAGCCAAAACUGACCCACUCAGAAACAAAAGGGAAGGGCUGUAUCUCAAUGAUUAGAGCACCUGCAUUGCAUGCAGAAGGUCCCUGAUUCAAUCCCGGACAUAUCCUGGUGGAGACUGCCUGCCUGAAACCCUGGAGAGCUGCUGCCAGGCAGCAUAAACAAUACUGAGCUUGAUGGACCAAUGCUCUGACCCAAGAACACAGGAAGUUGGUUUAUACUAAGUGCCAGUAUGCUGGGUGUGGAUAAUGUUUUAAUUUUUUUUAAAAUAUGUGUGUGUGUGUGUGUAUAAUGAAAUGGUUUAUAUAUGCUUUUAUUGCCUAUGCUUUUUACUGCUAAAUCGCUUUGAGAUAUUUCAUAGGAAGCAAUACAUAAACAGAAACAAAUAAUUAAGUUUGCAGACAAAAAGCAAAGAAAAACUUUUAGAAAAAACCCAAAGGGGACCACCCCCAACCACAACAACCAUUCCAAACAGCCCAGUGGGGACUGAGCAUGCUCAGUAACAAUGGAAUGUGGUGACUGUUGGAAAAGAAAAGAAAAUAGCAUGGCAGAGGAGCAGAAUGUCCUGCUUUCAGGGAGUUGCUGACUAGAAACCUGAACAGGAGCACUCCUCCUAGGAGAGAGGAUGCACUGCAACAUUUUGCUUGUCUAGCCAGCCAUCUGUCUGUCCGCCUGUCAGAUAAAUAACAGUUUUCUUCUUCCUUUCAGCACCCGUUUUUAAAACUGGCCAAGCCGCUCUCCAGCCUGACUCCCUUGAUCAUCGCAGCCAAGGAGGCCAUAAAGAACAGUAGUCGCUAGAGCGCUGAGCCGCGUGUGCCCAAUUCCUCUACGGCAAGACUGGACAAAUACUAAGUAGAGCCUCAGACUCUUCUGCCGGAGGAUGGGCAGGCAGAAACCGACACUCUCACAGUCCACAGGGGGAGGGAGGGAGGCAGCAGCCUUCUGCCCCUUCCCCUGGAAAAGAAACCUAUCACGUAUCUUUUUCCCACUCUACAAUUCCCCAAUUUAUUUCUGAAUGGGAGCCUGAUUGAGAGGGGCAGGACUGGAAGCCUCUGUGCUCUUUUGGCCGUUUCCAGAGCACCGAUGGCACAGCCCAACCAGCACUCAACCAGGCAGAAGUGAUAGGCCCAAACAUCCUGCCCUCCCCGUUUUUGAUUUUUGUUUUUUGUUUUUGUGGGGCAAGGGGGGCUGAAUUUGUGGCCUCUUUCACCCUGGUUGUUGGGAGAGACCCAAACUGUUUGCAAACCACUGGUCUAUUUGCUUGUCAUGAGAUGAGGAGGAUCAUGAAGGAGCUUGCUUUAUUUAACCAAAAGAAAAAGAAAGAAUCAUAGAACCAUAGAAAUAUAAGGGGCCCUGAGGGUCAAGAAAGAAAGAAAGAAAAAUUAAUACUAAAUCAAGAAGCAGGUCAGUCUCAGCAUCCUCUCUGAGAGUUUAUGCUUUGAAAUACAGAAUACAGAUAGCGAUUGCAUUCCUGGACAGCCUGGCGAGGGUGUCAUGAAUAUUGGUGCUUUUGUGUUGGUGAGUUUUCCCUUCCCAAAGCAAAACAGACAAAUAGAAUCAUAUAAACCACAUUUAUGUAACACUGCUGUUGUGAGUAUGUGGCAGUGGGACCAUUCCUGCCUGGUGUCCAUUCGCUUCUCCAUAAUGCUGAGCAGCUCCUCUCCGAAGGACUGAAACAGAAGGCCACCUUUCUGCUUCUUAUUCCAUAGCUGCUCCAUAGAUUGGUGGAACUGGACUCGCUGUCCCCAGUUUAAGAUAACACCCCAGUGCUAACCACACACACAAACUUGGGAGAAAUUCCCUUUGAUUUCAGGACAGCAACAAGGCAGGCCAUCACCUCCAUCCAUGAUGGUGCUGCCUUGAAGGACAGAAUCUCAUACAAUGUUAGUGUAAUUGAAUCUAGGAGGAAGAUGGGGAAUCUGUGGGCCUCCAGAUGUUGUCGGACUACAACUCCCACCAUCCAUGACCAGCAGUCAUGUUCAUCACAAUGGACAUGAGGCUGCUGAGAGCAAGUGUGGUGUAGUGGAUAAGAGCGGUAGACUCGUAAUCUGGUGAACCAGGUUCAAUUCCCCGCUCCUCCACAUGCAGCUGCUGGGUGACCUUGGGCUAGUCACACUUCUUUGAAGUCUCUCAGCCCCACUCACCUCAGAGUGUUUGUUGUGGGGGAGGAAGGGAAAGGAGAAUGUUAGCCGCUUUGAGACUCCUUCAGGUAGUGAUAAAGCGGGAUAUCAAAUCCAAACUCUUUUUCCUCUUCUCUUCUUUUGAUGGGAGUGGGAGCUCAACUCAACUCAACUGCAGGUUCCCUGUCUCUAGUCUAAGGGAAAUCCAUUCUCAUUAUGAUGCUGUUAAUGGAAUUUGUCAUUUCCCCUAGAAAACUGAAAGCCACCAGACUGCAUAUCUAGCAAUCCCAUUGAAUAGGCUUUGGAAAGGGGCUAAUAGUAAUGAAGAAUUCCACAAGACUGUUGUGUCUACUGUAAGGUUCGGCCUUCUUGAACAUUACCGCCCAUGCAGAAUGGGAAAUGUGACUGAAAAUAAGUAGUUAAGACAACAGGAACUGCAGCAGUAUACAGCUUGGUGGGAAGAUUUCUUUCUUCUCUCUUCCCACAAGCCUGUUGUGAUCUGUGACCUGAAUUGCAGAAGAUUGAAUCUUGAACAUCUAGACUCCCUGCAGUCUAGCUUCGACUGUGAAUAUUUGUUAAAGCAGCAUAUUAGCUUUUGUUUAAACAAUUAGUUUUUCUGUUUCCUCCAACCUGAGUUGGGCAGAUCUAGUUAUCUUUUCUCAAAAAGAAAGAAAGAAAAAAAGGUUGGUUUGGAAUCCUUAUUUCUAGAGUUGCCAGAUAUUUUACUGCCUUUCCUCCCCACCCCUGCAUUUCUGAGAGCAGCUCAGUCUGCUGAAAUUAGCAAUGGAUAAUCAUACUUGUCUCUGUGCUCUGAGAAGCUUCACCUCCUGAUUCCUGUGCAUCAAGCUGCUCUUAAAAGUACAGGAAUUGCCCAGGCUGUGGAUAGUCUUACUUGUUGCCAGAAGUGACUUGCUGGGGGGGGGGGGUGAAGCUGCUUUUCUAGCCUACUGGCAAGUGGGUCACUGUUGUUUUCCAGGAGAGGGAAGAGUGAGGCGGUGGAGAAGUCAGCAUGGUGCAAACACAUUGGUGGAGCCAAUACUGACCUCCCCACCAUCUCUCCCUCCUAGUGAGCAACAGCAACCUGUUGGGAAGUUAGCAAGAGUGGCUGUGCAGUGAGCUACUUCCACUUGUUCCUUAUUUUAAGAACAGUGCUGUGGGCAGUGCUAAGCCUGCUGUUGCUGGGAGUGUGUACAGACGGGAGAUUGCUUGCAGUCCAGGGAGGAAGACAAAAGGAGGAGGAAGAGGGCAAUAGGUUUAAAUUUUUGAUGUUUAUGCUUUUCAGAGGCAGGGACAGUCAUCAUCUCUUGGAAGUGCCCCAUUUGACAUGCUGUAUCCACCUUUGGGUGCAUUUCAUCCCAUCUCAGCCAUUCUCCAUUCUAGUUCAGUGCCGCUCUCUGUGUUGUAACUGUUCUUAAUGUUGCCCAUUGGUGGCAGCAACAGUGCUGCCGCCUUCUGUCUUUGUUUCAUGGGGACUGUGCUGAAGAAGUGCUGCAUUUUUUAUGAUAACUCUCUUUCUGCUGAUGCUAAGAUGUUGCUCUAUUGGGGAUCGGGGUACCUCUGGAAAACAAUGUGGCAACUUUCUAGAUUUUAAUUUUAUUUUAAAUCUGCCUAGAUAUCUAGAUAUAUUUUUUAUUUUACUUGACUGUAGAAAGAUGCAUUGCUGCUUAAGGACACUCUGUAAUUUGGGAAAUGGGCCAAAGUGUCAAUCACCCACUAUUUUACUAAUCUAUCCAAUAAAAACUGUUUUGCCAGCAAA